AUGCCUUGUGCCAACUGGAAUCUUAUCAAGAUAUCGUUAUAUGGCGGGGCCAUUGUGAUAUUAGAUUUGGAAUAUUAUUGCAGUGAGAUCUUGUCACAGCUUGCCAAAGAGGGUGUAUAUGUGAAGCUCCGAUCGAACUCUACAUCUGAAUAUAAAAAAGAGCUAUUUGACAUUGUAAACAAGACUAAAGAUAAAAAGUUGAUCCCUAAAAAGGUGUUUGCGGCUUUGUGUAAUCCACACCCAAGAACUCCGAUGCUACAGUAUAGAGGAUACCGAAAUUACAUAAGCAUGAUACCAAUCCGCCCGGUAGACCCUUCUUCUCUGCCAGAGACUCUUUGUAUGAAUCUGUCUUACAACUCUUGGAUUGUGUCCUGCAACCGCUGUUGUGAUAAGGAAGCCAAUUUUUUGGACAUGAAGAUUUCAGUGGAAGAUGGAGAAAUCCAUACAGAAAUCUAUACCAAGCCAACAGACAAGAACACUUUACUCAUGGCCUCUAGCCACCAUCCUGAGCCCCUCAAAAUGAGUUUGCCAUUAUCACAGAAGAUGCGUGUAGCACGCAUCACUAGCAAUAGAUCAAAAAUCCUGGCCUCAUUGGAUGAUAUGACUGAUGAUGACAGCAUGCCCACGGACCAGCAGACACUGCAAACUUAUGCCACGUUUGCUCUGGAUCUCCGCCCAUUACAGACAACGCCACCUAGCACGGUACCUAUGGUCCCGCCUCCACAACAAACAAGUCCCCAACCAAUAAUGAGCCCAAGCACACCACUGGCUCAAACUGAAGAGCAGACAUUUUGGGCCAACUGGGAAAACCAACAGAGGCUCAGUUCAGAGAUUCUCCAAAGUCAAAAUCAGCUGCUGGCAAGUCUGCCACAUUACAUGCCACGCAUAAGUCGAAAUCUCAGCAGAGAACAUUUGGAAACCAGUCGUGUGGCGACUUGUCUGGAGCAAAUGCGGGCAGAAAACAGCACCAUGAUGACCACUUUACAGCGAAUUAUGGAUGAACAAAUGAGGCUACACCAAAACUACCUGCAUCUCCUUGAAACAAUAGCCUUACAGAAAGUCUGGGGUCAGUUAUGUGCACAACCAUCACCAGACAGUACUCUGGAGCCAACAUAUAGCACAAGUGAAACUACUGCAAAUAUAGCAGAAAACAGUCCACCUGAGUCACUCACUUUCUCUAGUAAAAUGCUAAUAAAUGACAAUAGUUUAACAGCAUCAACUUUUGCCUCUCAAAGAACUAGCUCUCCAAAUCCCAUAGAUCAGACCAGUGGAAUUAUGGACUAUAAAACGGUAUCCAUCACAUUAACGACGGAUGGAGUGUUAUCAUUUCUUACAACCUCAAAAAGAAAUUCUACUCUGAGAGCAUCAACAGAAACACCCAACGUUUCAACAAUAAGUUCAAAGAAGUCAGCGCAGAAUGACACAAUCCAAACGCCAUCGACUGUAAUCACCGAACUGAGUCAAAGUGAAUCUGCAGCAACUACAUCUGCAGUGACCAUUAUAUCAAAUAGCACUUAUGAACAAUCUACCUCAACAGAUAUUUAUGUGCCAUCUACAAUCCAAUCAAUGUCACCAUCAAUAUUAGAGACUUCAAAGAGUUCUAAUAAAAAUAAAGAAAAUACAAGCACACUAAGUUCAAUAACUGAAACUCAAAACUCAGUUCUACAGACAGACUUUUCAUCUACCGUACUGCUUACGGAUUCAAGCAACAUGAGAACUGAAAUACAAUCUAUAUCUAAACAAAUUUCAGAGCAAUCAACUAGCUCAGAGAGCUCAUCAACAGCAAACAUUUCUACUUCAUCACUUACAACCUCACAUCACUACCCAACCUCUCAAGUAUCUGAAACAAGUCUAAAUACAUCACCUGCUGCUUCAACAGAAAUGUUUAUUUCCAGCACAAUAGAGAAUGCACAAAGCACCCAAGAACUAUCUUCAUCUAAAGAAUCUACAAUGAUAUCUUCUUCAUUGACUGAAACUUCCAGCAUUACAAAUACUCCAGCAGAAACUGCAUCUUCAAAAUCCUCAGAACAUACACCAACACCAGCUUUAUCUAGUGAAUCAUCUACAUCUCUAAUGUCUGCAGUCACACCUGGACAUUCAACUACAACUUCUAUCAAGUCAAGUAGCUCUUAUGAGCAAACAACUGGUCUAGAGAGUACAUCACCAAAACCAAGUACUUCCUCUACACCAUCUGCAACUUCACCUGUGUCAUCACCUCCAACAAUGGAUACUAGAUCUAGCGUAUCUUCAAGUGACACUAAUGACAAUUCCAUUCUAAGUACAAUCACUACUGCACCUAGUACCCACAAACCAUCUUCAUCAACAGAAUCCCCGUUGUUAUCUUCCUCAAACAUCGGUACCUCAAGUAAUAUAAAUACUGAAACACAGACUGUAUUUACAACAAAUUUAGAGCAAACAUCAACACAAAAGGAUUCAAGCGAAUCAUCUACAUCCCAGCCAUCUGCCACAAGCCCUGGCAGUACACCUGUAACUUCCAUCGCAGGUAGUACCCAUGAACAAUCCACUCUGACAGAAAGCUCAUCUGCAAAAUCAAUUCCCAGUUCAUCACCAUCUACUGCUUCAUCUGUGCCAAUUAUUCCUUCAGCGGAAACUACUCUUAAUAACUCACCAAGUCCAUCUAAAGAGACUUUAAUUUUCAGUACAGUGGCAAACACAUUCAAUACCCAAGACACUUCUUCAACAGUCUCUACUAUGUUAUCCUCUUCACCCCUAAGUACUACAGGUAAAAUGACUACUGGAACAGAAGCUGCAUCUACAAGAACUUCAGAACAAACAUUAACACAAUCUGUUUUAGAUGAAUCAUCUAAAUUUGAAGAUUCUACUGUGACAUCUGAAACUACUACUCUGUCAUCCAUCACACCAAGUAGAACUCAAGAGCAAUCAACUAGCCCAGAUAGCUCAUCAACAACAAACAUUUCUACUUCAUCACUUACAACCUCACAUCACUACCCAACCUCUCAAGUAUCUGAAACAAGUCUAAAUACAUCACCUGCUGCUUCAACAGAAAUGUUUAUUUCCAGCACAAUAGAGAAUGCACAAAGCACCCAAGAACUAUCUUCAUCUAAAGAAUCUACAAUGAUAUCUUCUUCAUUGACUGAAACUUCCAGCAUUACAAAUACUCCAGCAGAAACUGCAUCUUCAAAAUCAUCAGAACAUACACCAACACCAGCUUUAUCUAGUGAAUCAUCUACAUCUCUAAUGUCUGCAGUCACACCUGGACAUUCAACUACAACUGCUAUCAAGUCAAGUAGCUCUUAUGAGCAAUCAACUGGUCUAGAGAGUACAUCACCAAAACCAAGUACUUCCUCUACACCAUCUGCAACUUCACCUGUGUCAUCACCUCCAACAAUGGAUACUAGAUCUAGCGUAUCUUCAAGUGACACUAAUGACAAUUCCAUUCUAAGUACAAUCACUACUGCACCUAGUACCCACAAACCAUCUUCAUCAACAGAAUCCCCGUUGUUAUCUUCCUCAAACAUCGGUACCUCAAGUAAUAUAAAUACUGAAACACAGACUAUAUUUACAACAAAUUUAGAGCAAACAUCAACACAAAAGGAUUCAAGCGAAUCAUCUACAUCCCAGCCAUCUGCCACAAGCCCUGGCAGUACACCUGUAACUUCCAUCGCAGGUGUUACCCAUGAACAUUCCACUCUGACAGAAAGCUCGUCUGCAAAAUCAAUUCCCAGUUCAUCACCAUCUACUGCUUCAUCUGUGCCAAUUAUUCCUUCAGCGGAAACUACUCUUAAUAACUCACCAAGUCCAUCUAAAGAGACUUUAAUUUUCAGUACAGUGGCAAACACAUUCAAUAUCCAAGACACUUCUUCAACAGUCUCUACUAUGUUAUCCUCUUCACCCCUAAGUACUACAGGUAAAAUGACUACUGGAACAGAAGCUGCAUCUACAAGAACUUCAGAACAAACAUUAACACAAUCUGUUUUAGAUGAAUCAUCUAAAUUUGAAGAUUCUACUGUGACAUCUGAAACUACUACUCUGUCAUCCAUCACACCAAGAAGAUCUCAAGAGCAAUCAACUAGCCCAGAUAGCUCAUCAACAACAAACCUUUCUACUUCAUCACUUACAACCUCACAUCACUACCCAACCUCUCAAGUAUCUGAAACAAGUCUAAAUACAUCACCUGCUGCUUCAACAGAAAUGUUUAUUUCCAGCACAAUAGAGAAUGCACAAAGCACCCAAGAACUAUCUUCAUCUAAAGAAUCUACAAUGAUAUCUUCUUCAUUGACUGAAACUUCCAGCAUUACAAAUACUCCAGCAGAAACUGCAUCUUCAAAAUCAUCAGAACAUACACCAACACCAGCUUUAUCUAGUGAAUCAUCUACAUCUCUAAUGUCUGCAGUCACACCUGGACAUUCAACUACAACUGCUAUCAAGUCAAGUAGCUCUUAUGAGCAAUCAACUGGUCUAGAGAGUACAUCACCAAAACCAAGUACUUCCUCUACACCAUCUGCAACUUCACCUGUGUCAUCACCUCCAACAAUGGAUACUAGAUCUAGCGUAUCUUCAAGUGACACUAAUGACAAUUCCAUUCUAAGUACAAUCACUACUGCACCUAGUACCCACAAACCAUCUUCAUCAACAGAAUCCCCGUUGUUUUCUUCCUCAAACAUCGGUACCUCAAGUAAUAUAAAUACUGAAACACAGACUGUAUUUACAACAAAUUUAGAGCAAAAAUCAACACAAAAGGAUUCAAGCGAAUCAUCUACAUCCCAGCCAUCUGCCACAAGCCCUGGCAGUACACCUGUAACUUCCAUCGCAGGUGUUACCCAUGAACAAUCCACUCUGACAGAAAGCUCAUCUGCAAAAUCAAUUCCCAGUUCAUCACCAUCUACUGCUUCAUCUGUGCCAAUUAUUCCUUCAGCGGAAACUACUCUUAAUAACUCACCAAGUCCAUCUAAAGAGACUUUAAUUUUCAGUACAGUGGCAAACACAUUCAAUACCCAAGACACUUCUUCAACAGUCUCUACUAUGUUAUCCUCUUCACCCCUAAGUGCUACAGGUAAAAUGAAUACUGGAACAGAAGCUGCAUCUACAAGAACUUCAGAACAAACAUUAACACAAUCUGUUUUAGAUGAAUCAUCUAAAUUUGAAGAUUCUACUGUGACAUCUGAAACUACUACUCUGUCAUCCAUCACACCAAGUAGAACUCAAGAGCAAUCAACUAGCCCAGAUAGCUCAUCAACAACAAACCUUUCUACUUCAUCACUUACAACCACACAUCACUACCCAACCUCUCAAGUAUCUGAAACAAGUCUAAAUACAUCACCUGCUGCUUCAACAGAAAUGUUUAUUUCCAGCACAAUAGAGAAUGCACAAAGCACCCAAGAACUAUCUUCAUCUAAAGAAUCUACAAUGAUAUCUUCUUCAUUGACUGAAACUUCCAGCAUUACAAAUACUCCAGCAGAAACUGCAUCUUCAAAAUCAUCAGAACAUACACCAACACCAGCUUUAUCUAGUGAAUCAUCUACAUCUCUAAUGUCUGCAGUCACACCUGGAUAUUCAACUACAACUGCUAUCAAGUCAAGUAGCUCUUAUGAGCAAUCAACUGGUCUAGAGAGUACAUCACCAAAACCAAGUACUUCCUCUACACCAUCUGCAACUUCACCUGUGUCAUCACCUCCAACAAUGGAUACUAGAUCUAGCGUAUCUUCAAGUGACACUAAUGACAAUUCCAUUCUAAGUACAAUCACUACUGCACCUAGUACCCACAAACCAUCUUCAUCAACAGAAUCCCCGUUGUUAUCUUCCUCAAACAUCGGUACCUCAAGUAAUAUAAAUACUGAAACACAGACUGUAUUUACAACAAAUUUAGAGCAAACAUCAACACAAAAGGAUUCAAGCGAAUCAUCUACAUCCCAGCCAUCUGCCACAAGCCCUGGCAGUACACCUGUAACUUCCAUCGCAGGUAGUACCCAUGAACAAUCCCCUCUGACAGAAAGCUCAUCUGCAAAAUCAAUUCCCAGUUCAUCACCAUCUACUGCUUCAUCUGUGCCAAUUAUUCCUUCAGCGGAAACUACUCUUAAUAACUCACCAAGUCCAUCUAAAGAGACUUUAAUUUUCAGUACAGUGGCAAACACAUUCAAUAUCCAAGACACUUCUUCAACAGUCUCUACUAUGUUAUCCUCUUCACCCCUAAGUACUACAGGUAAAAUGACUACUGGAACAGAAGCUGCAUCUACAAGAACUUCAGAACAAACAUUAACACAAUCUGUUUUAGAUGAAUCAUCUAAAUUUGAAGAUUCUACUGUGACAUCUGAAACUACUACUCUGUCAUCAAUCACACCAAGAAGAUCUCAAGAGCAAUCAACUAGCCCAGAUAGCUCAUCAACAACAAACCUUUCUACUUCAUCACUUACAACCUCACAUCACUACCCAACCUCUCAAGUAUCUGAAACAAGUCUAAAUACAUCACCUGCUGCUUCAACAGAAAUGUUUAUUUCCAGCACAAUAGAGAAUGCACAAAGCACCCAAGAACUAUCUUCAUCUAAAGAAUCUACAAUGAUAUCUUCUUCAUUGACUGAAACUUCCAGCAUUACAAAUACUCCAGCAGAAACUGCAUCUUCAAAAUCAUCAGAACAUACACCAACACCAGCUUUAUCUAGUGAAUCAUCUACAUCUCUAAUGUCUGCAGUCACACCUGGACAUUCAACUACAACUGCUAUCAAGUCAAGCAGCUCUUAUGAGCAAUCAACUGGUCUAGAGAGUACAUCACCAAAACCAAGUACUUCCUCUACACCAUCUGCAACUUCACCUGUGUCAUCACCUCCAACAAUGGAUACUAGAUCUAGCGUAUCUUCAAGUGACACUAAUGACAAUUCCAUUCUAAGUACAAUCACUACUGCACCUAGUACCCACAAACCAUCUUCAUCAACAGAAUCCCCGUUGUUAUCUUCCUCAAACAUCGGUACCUCAAGUAAUAUAAAUACUGAAACACAGACUGUAUUUACAACAAAUUUAGAGCAAACAUCAACACAAAAGGAUUCAAGCAAAUCAUCCACAUCUCAGCCUAAUUCCACAAGCCCUGGCAGUACACCUGUAACUUCCAUCGCAGGUAGUACCCAUGAACAAUCCACUCUGACAGAAAGCUCAUCUGCAAAAUCAAUUCCCAGUUCAUCACCAUCUACUGCUUCAUCUGUGCCAAUUAUUCCUUCAGCGGAAACUACUCUUAAUAACUCACCAAGUCCAUCUAAAGAGACUUUAAUUUUCAGUACAGUGGCAAACACAUUCAAUACCCAAGACACUUCUUCAACAGUCUCUACUAUGUUAUCCUCUUCACCCCUAAGUACUACAGGUAAAAUGACUACUGGAACAAAAGCUGCAUCUACAAGAACUUCAGAACAAACAUUAACACAAUCUGUUUUAGAUGAAUCAUCUAAAUUUGAAGAUUCUACUGUGACAUCUGAAACUACUACUCUGUCAUCCAUCACACCAAGUAGAACUCAAGAGCAAUCAACUAGCCCAGAUAGCUCAUCAACAACAAACCUUUCUACUUCAUCACUUACAACCUCACAUCACUACCCAACCUCUCAAGUAUCUGAAACAAGUCUAAAUACAUCACCUGCUGCUUCAACAGAAAUGUUUAUUUCCAGCACAAUAGAGAAUGCACAAAGCACCCAAGAACUAUCUUCAUCUAAAGAAUCUACAAUGAUAUCUUCUUCAUUGACUGAAACUUCCAGCAUUACAAAUACUCCAGCAGAAACUGCAUCUUCAAAAUCAUCAGAACAUACACCAACACCAGCUUUAUCUAGUGAAUCAUCUACAUCUCUAAUGUCUGCAGUCACACCUGGACAUUCAACUACAACUGCUAUCAAGUCAAGUAGCUCUUAUGAGCAAUCAACUGGUCUAGAGAGUACAUCACCAAAACCAAGUACUUCCUCUACACCAUCUGCAACUUCACCUGUGUCAUCACCUCCAACAAUGGAUACUAGAUCUAGCGUAUCUUCAAAUGACACUAAUGACAAUUCCAUUCUAAGUACAAUCACUACUGCACCUAGUACCCACAAACCAUCUUCAUCAACAGAAUCCCCGUUGUUAUCUUCCUCAAACAUCGGUACCUCAAGUAAUAUAAAUACUGAAACACAGACUGUAUUUACAACAAAUUUAGAGCAAACAUCAACACAAAAGGAUUCAAGCGAAUCAUCUACAUCCCAGCCAACUGCCACAAGCCCUGGCAGUACACCUGUAACUUCCAUCGCAGGUAGUACCCAUGAACAAUCCACUCUGACAGAAAGCUCAUCUGCAAAAUCAAUUCCCAGUUCAUCACCAUCUACUACUUCAUCUGUGCCAAUUAUUCCUUCAGCGGAAACUACUCUUAAUAACUCACCAAGUCCAUCUAAAGAGACUUUAAUUUUCAGUACAGUGGCAAACACAUUCAAUACCCAAGACACUUCUUCAACAGUCUCUACUAUGUUAUCCUCUUCACCCCUAAGUACUACAGGUAAAAUGACUACUGGAACAGAAGCUGCAUCUACAAGAACUUCAGAACAAACAUUAACACAAUCUGUUUUAGAUGAAUCAUCUAAAUUUGAAGUUUCUAUUGUGACAUUUGAAACUACUACUCUGUCAUCCAUCACACCAAGUAGAACUCAAGAGCAAUCAACUAGCCCAGAUAGCUCAUCAACAACAAACCUUUCUACUUCAUCACUUACAACCUCACAUCACUACCCAACCUCUCAAGUAUCUGAAACAAGUCUAAAUACAUCACCUGCUGCUUCAACAGAAAUGUUUAUUUCCAGCACAAUAGAGAAUGCACAAAGCACCCAAGAACUAUCUUCAUCUAAAGAAUCUACAAUGAUAUCUUCUUCAUUGACUGAAACUUCCAGCAUUACAAAUACUCCAGCAGAAACUGCAUCUUCAAAAUCAUCAGAACAUACACCAACACCAGCUUUAUCUAGUGAAUCAUCUACAUCUCUAAUGUCUGCAGUCACACCUGGACAUUCAACUACAACUGCUAUCAAGUCAAGUAGCUCUUAUGAGCAAUCAACUGGUCUAGAGAGUACAUCACCAAAACCAAGUACUUCCUCUACACCAUCUGCAACUUCACCUGUGUCAUCACCUCCAACAAUGGAUACUAGAUCUAGCGUAUCUUCAAAUGACACUAAUGACAAUUCCAUUCUAAGUACAAUCACUACUGCACCUAGUACCCACAAACCAUCUUCAUCAACAGAAUCCCCGUUGUUAUCUUCCUCAAACAUCGGUACCUCAAGUAAUAUAAAUACUGAAACACAGACUGUAUUUACAACAAAUUUAGAGCAAACAUCAACACAAAAGGAUUCAAGCAAAUCAUCCACAUCUCAGCCUAAUUCCACAAGCCCUGGCAGUACACCUGUAACUUCCAUCGCAGGUAGUACCCAUGAACAAUCCACUCUGACAGAAAGCUCAUCUGCAAAAUCAAUUCCCAGUUCAUCACCAUCUACUGCUUCAUCUGUGCCAAUUAUUCCUUCAGCGGAAACUACUCUUAAUAACUCACCAAGUCUAUCUAAAGAGACUUUAAUUUUCAGUACAGUGGCAAACACAUUCAAUACCCAAGACACUUCUUCAACAGUCUCUACUAUGUUAUCCUCUUCACCCCUAAGUACUACAGGUAAAAUGACUACUGGAACAGAAGCUGCAUCUACAAGAACUUCAGAACAAACAUUAACACAAUCUGUUUUAGAUGAAUCAUCUAAAUUUGAAGAUUCUACUGUGACAUCUGAAACUACUACUCUGUCAUCCAUCACACCAAGUAGAACUCAAGAGCAAUCAACUAGCCCAGAUAGCUCAUCAACAACAAACCUUUCUACUUCAUCACUUACAACCUCACAUCACUACCCAACCUCUCAAGUAUCUGAAUCAAGUCUAAAUGCAUCACCUGCUGCUUCAACAGAAAUGUUUAUUUCCAGCACAAUAGAGAAUGCACAAAGCACCCAAGAACUAUCUUCAUCUAAAGAAUCUACAAUGAUAUCUUCUUCAUUGACUGAAACUUCCAGCAUUACAAAUACUCCAGCAGAAACGGCAUCGUCAAAAUCUUCAGAACAUACACCAACACCAGCUUUAUCUAGUGAAUCAUCUACAUCUCUAAUGUCUGCAGUCACACCUGGACAUUCAACUACAACUGCUAUCAAGUCAAGUAGCUCUUAUGAGCAAUCAACUGGUCUAGAGAGUACAUCACCAAAACCAAGUACUUCCUCUACACCAUCUGCAACUUCACCUGUGUCAUCACCUCCAACAAUGGAUACUAGAUCUAGCGUAUCUUCAAGUGACACUAAUGACAAUUCCAUUCUAAGUACAAUCACUACUGCACCUAGUACCCACAAACCAUCUUCAUCAACAGAAUCCCCAUUGUUAUCUUCCUCAAACAUCGGUACCUCAAGUAAUAUAAAUACUGAAACACAGACUGUAUUUACAACAAAUUUAGAGCAAACAUCAACACAAAAGGAUUCAAGCGAAUCAUCUACAUCCCAGCCAUCUGCCACAAGCCCUGGCAGUACACCUGUAACUUCCAUCGCAGGUAGUACCCAUGAACAAUCCACUCUGACAGAAAGCUCAUCUGCAAAAUCAAUUCCCAGUUCAUCACCAUCUACUGCUUCAUCUGUGCCAAUUAUUCCUUCAGCGGAAACUACUCUUAAUAACUCACCAAGUCCAUCUAAAGAGACUUUAAUUUUCAGUACAGUGGCAAACACAUUCAAUACCCAAGACACUUCUUCAACAGUCUCUACUAUGUUAUCCUCUUCACCCCUAAGUACUACAGGUAAAAUGACUACUGGAACAGAAGCUGCAUCUACAAGAACUUCAGAACAAACAUUAACACAAUCUGUUUUAGAUGAAUCAUCUAAAUUUGAAGAUUCUACUGUGACAUCUGAAACUACUACUCUGUCAUCCAUCACACCAAGUAGAACUCAAGAGCAAUCAACUAGCCCAGAUAGCUCAUCAACAACAAACCUUUCUACUUCAUCACUUACAACCUCACAUCACUACCCAACCUCUCAAGUAUCUGAAACAAGUCUACAUACAUCACCUGCUGCUUCAACAGAAAUGUUUAUUUCCAGCACAAUAGAGAAUGCACAAAGCACCCAAGAACUAUCUUCAUCUAAAGAAUCUACAAUGAUAUCUUCUUCAUUGACUGAAACUUCCAGCAUUACAAAUACUCCAGCAGAAACUGCAUCUUCAAAAUCAUCAGAACAUACACCAACACCAGCUUUAUCUAGUGAAUCAUCUACAUCUCUAAUGUCUGCAGUCACACCUGGACAUUCAACUACAACUGCUAUCAAGUCAAGUAGCUCUUAUGAGCAUUCAACUGGUCUAGAGAGUACAUCACCAAAACCAAGUACUUCCUCUACACCAUCUGCAACUUCACCUGUGUCAUCACCUCCAACAAUGGAUACUAGAUCUAGCGUAUCUUCAAGUGACACUAAUGACAAUUCCAUUCUAAGUACAAUCACUACUGCACCUAGUACCCACAAACCAUCUUCAUCAACAGAAUCCCCGUUGUUAUCUUCCUCAAACAUCGGUACCUCAAGUAAUAUAAAUACUGAAACACAGACUGUAUUUACAACAAAUUUAGAGCAAACAUCAACACAAAAGGAUUUAAGCGAAUCAUCUACAUCCCAGCCAUCUGCCACAAGCCCUGGCAGUACACCUGUAACUUCCAUCGCAGGUAGUACCCAUGAACAAUCCACUCUGACAGAAAGCUCAUCUGCAAAAUCAAUUCCCAGUUCAUCACCAUCUACUACUUCAUCUGUGCCAAUUAUUCCUUCAGCGGAAACUACUCUUAAUAACUCACCAAGUCCAUCUAAAGAGACUUUAAUUUUCAGUACAGUGGCAAACACAUUCAAUACCCAAGACACUUCUUCAACAGUCUCUACUAUGUUAUCCUCUUCACCCCUAAGUGCUACAGGUAAAAUGACUACUGGAACAGAAGCUGCAUCUACAAGAACUUCAGAACAAACAUUAACACAAUCUGUUUUAGAUGAAUCAUCUAAAUUUAAAGUUUCUACUGUGACAUCUGAAACUACUACUCUGUCAUCCACCACACCAAGUAGAACUCAAGAGCAAUCAACUAGCCCAGAUAGCUCAUCAACAACAAACCUUUCUACUUCAUCACUUACAACCUCACAUCACUACCCAACCUAUCAAGUAUCUGAAACAAGUCUAAAUACAUCACCUGCUGCUUCAACAGAAAUGUUUAUUUCCAGCACAAUAGAGAAUGCACAAAGCACCCAAGAACUAUCUCCAUCUAAAGAAUCUACAAUGAUAUCUUCUUCAUUGACUGAAACUUCCAGCAUUACAAAUACUCCAGCAGAAACUGCAUCUUCAAAAUCAUCAGAACAUACACCAACACCAGCUUUAUCUAGUGAAUCAUCUACAUCUCUAAUGUCUGCAGUCACACCUGGACAUUCAACUACAACUGCUAUCAAGUCAAGUAGCUCUUAUGAGCAAUCAACUGGUCUAGAGAGUACAUCACCAAAACCAAGUACUUCCUCUACACCAUCUGCAACUUCACCUGUGUCAUCACCUCCAACAAUGGAUACUAGAUCUAGCGAAUCUUCAAGUGACACUAAUGACAAUUCCAUUCUGAGUACAAUCACUACUGCACCUAGUACCCACAAACCAUCUUCAUCAACAGAAUCCCCGUUGUUAUCUUCCUCAAACAUCGGUACCUCAAGUAAUAUAAAUACUGAAACACAGACUGUAUUUACAACAAAUUUAGAGCAAACAUCAACACAAAAGGAUUCAAGCAAAUCAUCCACAUCUCAGCCUAAUUCCACAAGCCCUGGCAGUACACCUGUAACUUCCAUCGCAGGUAGUACCCAUGAACAAUCCACUCUGACAGAAAGCUCAUCUGCAAAAUCAAUUCCCAGUUCAUCACCAUCUACUGCUUCAUCUGUGCCAAUUAUUCCUUCAGCGGAAACUACUCUUAAUAACUCACCAAGUCCAUCUAAAGAGACUUUAAUUUUCAGUACAGUAGCAAACACAUUCAAUACCCAAGACACUUCUUCAACAGUCUCUACUAUGUUAUCCUCUUCACCCCUAAGUACUACAGGUAAAAUGACUACUGGAACAGAAGCUGCAUCUACAAGAACUUCAGAACAAACAUUAACACAAUCUGUUUUAGAUGAAUCAUCUAAAUUUGAAGAUUCUACUGUGACAUCUGAAACUACUACUCUGUCAUCCAUCACACCAAGUAGAACUCAAGAGCAAUCAACUAGCCCAGAUAGCUCAUCAACAACAAACCUUUCUACUUCAUCACUUACAACCUCACAUCACUAUCCAACCUCUCAAGUAUCUGAAUCAAGUCUAAAUACAUCACCUGCUGCUUCAACAAAAAUGUUUAUUUCCAGCACAAUAGAGAAUGCACAAAGCACCCAAGAACUAUCUUCAUCUAAAGAAUCUACAAUGAUAUCUUCUUCAUUGACUGAAACUUUCAGCAUUACAAAUACUCCAGCAGAAACUGCAUCUUCAAAAUCAUCAGAACAUACACCAACACCAGCUUUAUCUAGUGAAUCAUCUACAUCUAUAAUGUCUGCAGUCACACCUGGACAUUCAACUACAACUGCUAUCAAGUCAAGUAGCUCUUAUGAGCAAUCAACUGGUCUAGAGAGUACAUCACCAAAACCAAGUACUUCCUCUACACCAUCUGCAACUUCACCUGUGUCAUCACCUCCAACAAUGGAUACUAGAUCUAGCGUAUCUUCAAGUGACACUAAUGACAAUUCCAUUCUAAGUACAAUCACUACUGCACCUAGUACCCACAAACCAUCUUCAUCAACAGAAUCCCCGUUGUUAUCUUCCUCAAACAUCGGUACCUCAAGUAAUAUAAAUACUGAAACACAGACUGUAUUUACAACAAAUUUAGAGCAAACAUCAACACAAAAGGAUUCAAGCGAAUCAUCUACAUCCCAGCCAUCUGCCACAAGCCCUGGCAGUACACCUGUAACUUCCAUCGCAGGUAGUACCCAUGAACAAUCCACUCUGACAGAAAGCUCAUCUGCAAAAUCAAUUCCCAGUUCAUCACCAUCUACUGCUUCAUCUGUGCCAAUUAUUCCUUCAGCGGAAACUACUCUUAAUAACUCACCAAGUCCAUCUAAAGAGACUUUAAUUUUCAGUACAGUGGCAAACACAUUCAAUACCCAAGACACUUCUUCAACAGUCUCUACUAUGUUAUCCUCUUCACCCCUAAGUACUACAGGUAAAAUGACUACUGGAACAGAAGCUGCAUCUACAAGAACUUCAGAACAAACAUUAACACAAUCUGUUUUAGAUGAAUCAUCUAAAUUUGAAGUUUCUACUGUGACAUCUGAAACUACUACUCUGUCAUCCAUCACACCAAGUAGAACUCAAGAGCAAUCAACUAGCCCAGAUAGCUCAUCAACAACAAACCUUUCUACUUCAUCACUUACAACCUCACAUCACUACCCAACCUCUCAAGUAUCUGAAACAAGUCUAAAUACAUCACCUGCUGCUUCAACAGAAAUGUUUAUUUCCAGCACAAUAGAGAAUGCACAAAGCACCCAAGAACUAUCUCCAUCUAAAGAAUCUACAAUGAUAUCUUCUUCAUUGACUGAAACUUCCAGCAUUACAAAUACUCCAGCAGAAACUGCAUCUUCAAAAUCAUCAGAACAUACACCAACACCAGCUUUAUCUAGUGAAUCAUCUACAUCUCUGUCUGCAGUCACACCUGGACAUUCAACUACAACUGCUAUCAAGUCAAGUAGCUCUUAUGAGCAAUCAACUGGUCUAGAGAGUACAUCACCAAAACCAAGUACUUCCUCUACACCAUCUGCAACUUCACCUGUGUCAUCACCUCCAACAAUGGAUACUAGAUCUAGCGUAUCUUCAAGUGACACUAAUGACAAUUCCAUUCUAAGUACAAUCACUACUGCACCUAGUACCCACAAACCAUCUUCAUCAACAGAAUCCCCGUUGUUAUCUUCCUCAAACAUCGGUACCUCAAGUAAUAUAAAUACUGAAACACAGACUGUAUUUACAACAAAUUUAGAGCAAACAUCAACACAAAAGGAUUCAAGCGAAUCAUCUACAUCCCAGCCAUCUGCCACAAGCCCUGGCAGUACACCUGUAACUUCCAUCGCAGGUAGUACCCAUGAACAAUCCACUCUGACAGAAAGCUCAUCUGCAAAAUCAAUUCCCAGUUCAUCACCAUCUACUACUUCAUCUGUGCCAAUUAUUCCUUCAGCGGAAACUACUCUUAAUAACUCACCAAGUCCAUCUAAAGAGACUUUAAUUUUCAGUACAGUGGCAAACACAUUCAAUACCCAAGACACUUCUUCAACAGUCUCUACUAUGUUAUCCUCUUCACCCCUAAGUACUACAGGUAAAAUGACUACUGGAACAGAAGCUGCAUCUACAAGAACUUCAGAACAAACAUUAACACAAUCUGUUUUAGAUGAAUCAUCUAAAUUUGAAGUUUCUACUGUGACAUCUGAAACUACUACUCUGUCAUCCAUCACACCAAGUAGAACUCAAGAGCAAUCAACUAGCCCAGAUAGCUCAUCAACAACAAACCUUUCUACUUCAUCACUUACAACCUCACAUCACUACCCAACCUCUCAAGUAUCUGAAACAAGUCUAAAUACAUCACCUGCUGCUUCAACAGAAAUGUUUAUUUCCAGCACAAUAGAGAAUGCACAAAGCACCCAAGAACUAUCUUCAUCUAAAGAAUCUACAAUGAUAUCUUCUUCGUUGACUGAAACUUCCAGCAUUACAAAUACUCCAGCAGAAACUGCAUCUUCAAAAUCAUCAGAACAUACACCAACACCAGCUUUAUCUAGUGAAUCAUCUACAUCUCUAAUGUCUGCAGUCACACCUGGACAUUCAACUACAACUGCUAUCAAGUCAAGUAACUCUUAUGAGCAAUCAACUGGCCUAGAGAGUACAUCACCAAAACCAAGUACUUCCUCUACACCAUCUGCAACUUCACCUGUGUCAUCACCUCCAACAAUGGAUACUAGAUCUAGCGUAUCUUCAAGUGACACUAAUGACAAUUCCAUUCUAAGUACAAUCACUACUGCACCUAGUACCCACAAACCAUCUUCAUCAACAGAAUCCCCGUUGUUAUCUUCCUCAAACAUCGGUACCUCAAGUAAUAUAAAUACUGAAACACAGACUGUAUUUACAACAAAUUUAGAGCAAACAUCAACACAAAAGGAUUUAAGCGAAUCAUCUACAUUCCAGCCAUCUGCCACAAGCCCUGGCAGUACACCUGUAACUUCCAUCGCAGGUAGUACCCAUGAACAAUCCACUCUGACAGAAAGCUCAUCUGCAAAAUCAAUUCCCAGUUCAUCACCAUCUACUACUUCAUCAGUGCCAAUUAUUCCUUCAGCGGAAACUACUCUUAAUAACUCACCAAGUCCAUCUAAAGAGACUUUAAUUUUCAGUACAGUGGCAAACACAUUCAAUACCCAAGACACUUCUUCAACAGUCUCUACUAUGUUAUCCUCUUCACCCCUAAGUACUACAGGUAAAAUGACUACUGGAACAGAAGCUGCAUCUACAAGAACUUCAGAACAAACAUUAACACAAUCUGUUUUAGAUGAAUCAUCUAAAUUUGAAGAUUCUACUGUGACAUCUGAAACUACUACUCUGUCAUCCAUCACACCAAGUAGAACUCAAGAGCAAUCAACUAGCCCAGAUAGCUCAUCAACAACAAACCUUUCUACUUCAUCACUUACAACCUCACAUCACUAUCCAACCUCUCAAGUAUCUGAAUCAAGUCUAAAUACAUCACCUGCUGCUUUAACAAAAAUGUUUAUUUCCAGCACAAUAGAGAAUGCACAAAGCACCCAAGAACUAUCUUCAUCUAAAGAAUCUACAAUGAUAUCUUCUUCAUUGACUGAAACUUCCAGCAUUACAAAUACUCCAGCAGAAACUGCAUCUUCAAAAUCAUCAGAACAUACACCAACACCAGCUUUAUCUAGUGAAUCAUCUACAUCUCUAAUGUCUGCAGUCACACCUGGACAUUCAACUACAACUGCUAUCAAGUCAAGUAGCUCUUAUGAGCAAUCAACUGGUCUAGAGAGUACAUCACCAAAACCAAGUACUUCCUCUACACCAUCUGCAACUUCACCUGUGUCAUCACCUCCAACAAUGGAUACUAGAUCUAGCGUAUCUUCAAGUGACACUAAUGACAAUUCCAUUCUAAGUACAAUCACUACUGCACCUAGUACCCACAAACCAUCUUCAUCAACAGAAUCCCCGUUGUUAUCUUCCUCAAACAUCGGUACCUCAAGUAAUAUAAAUACUGAAACACAGACUGUAUUUACAACAAAUUUAGAGCAAACAUCAACACAAAAGGAUUCAAGCGAAUCAUCUACAUCCCAGCCAUCUGCCACAAGCCCUGGCAGUACACCUGUAACUUCCAUCGCAGGUAGUACCCAUGAACAAUCCACUCUGACAGAAAGCUCAUCUGCAAAAUCAAUUCCCAGUUCAUCACCAUCUACUGCUUCAUCUGUGCCAAUUAUUCCUUCAGCGGAAACUACUCUUAAUAACUUACCAAGUCCAUCUAAAGAGACUUUAAUUUUCAGUACAGUGGCAAACACAUUCAAUACCCAAGACACUUCUUCAACAGUCUCUACUAUGUUAUCCUCUUCACCCCUAAGUACUACAGGUAAAAUGACAACUGGAACAGAAGCUGCAUCUACAAGAACUUCAGAACAAACAUUAACACAAUCUGUUUUAGAUGAAUCAUCUAAAUUUGAAGAUUCUACUGUGACAUCUGAAACUACUACUCUGUCAUCCAUCACACCAAGUAGAACUCAAGAGCAAUCAACUAGCCCAGAUAGCUCAUCAACAACAAACCUUUCUACUUCAUCACUUACAACCUCACAUCACUACCCAACCUCUCAAGUAUCUGAAACAAGUCUAAAUACAUCACCUGCUGCUUCAACAGAAAUGUUUAUUUCCAGCACAAUAGAGAAUGCACAAAGCACCCAAGAACUAUCUUCAUCUAAAGAAUCUACAAUGAUAUCUUCUUCAUUGACUGAAACUUCCAGCAUUAUAAAUACUCCAGCAGAAACUGCAUCUUCAAAAUCAUCAGAACAUACACCAACACCAGCUUUAUCUAGUGAAUCAUCUACAUCUCUAAUGUCUGCAGUCACACCUGGAUAUUCAACUACUAUCAAGUCAAGUAGCUCUUAUGAGCAAUCAACUGGUCUAGAGAGUACAUCACCAAAACCAAGUACUUCCUCUACACCAUCUGCAACUUCACCUGUGUCAUCACCUCCAACAAUGGAUACUAGAUCUAGCGUAUCUUCAAGUGACACUAAUGACAAUUCCAUUCUAAGUACAAUCACUACUGCACCUAGUACCCACAAACCAUCUUCAUCAACAGAAUCCCCGUUGUUAUCUUCCUCAAACAUCGGUACCUCAAGUAAUAUAAAUACUGAAACACAGACUGUAUUUACAACAAAUUUAGAGCAAACAUCAACACAAAAGGAUUCAAGCGAAUCAUCUACAUCCCAGCCAUCUGCCACAAGCCCUGGCAGUACACCUGUAACUUCCAUCGCAGGUAGUACCCAUGAACAAUCCACUCUGACAGAAAGCUCAUCUGCAAAAUCAAUUCCCAGUUCAUCACCAUCUACUGCUUCAUCUGUGCCAAUUAUUCCUUCAGCGGAAACUACUCUUAAUAACUCACCAAGUCCAUCUAAAGAGACUUUAAUUUUCAGUACAGUGGCAAACACAUUCAAUACCCAAGACACUUCUUCAACAGUCUCUACUAUGUUAUCCUCUUCACCCCUAAGUACUACAGGUAAAAUGACUACUGGAACAGAAGCUGCAUCUACAAGAACUUCAGAACAAACAUUAACACAAUCUGUUUUAGAUGAAUCAUCUAAAUUUGAAGUUUCUACUGUGACAUCUGAAACUACUACUCUGUCAUCCAUCACACCAAGUAGAACUCAAGAGCAAUCAACUAGCCCAGAUAGCUCAUCAACAACAAACCUUUCUACUUCAUCACUUACAACCUCACAUCACUACCCAACCUCUCAAGUAUCUGAAACAAGUCUAAAUACAUCACCUGCUGCUUCAACAGAAAUGUUUAUUUCCAGCACAAUAGAGAAUGCACAAAGCACCCAAGAACUAUCUCCAUCUAAAGAAUCUACAAUGAUAUCUUCUUCAUUGACUGAAACUUCCAGCAUUACAAAUACUCCAGCAGAAACUGCAUCUUCAAAAUCAUCAGAACAUACACCAACACCAGCUUUAUCUAGUGAAUCAUCUACAUCUCUGUCUGCAGUCACACCUGGACAUUCAACUACAACUGCUAUCAAGUCAAGUAGCUCUUAUGAGCAAUCAACUGGUCUAGAGAGUACAUCACCAAAACCAAGUACUUCCUCUACACCAUCUGCAACUUCACCUGUGUCAUCACCUCCAACAAUGGAUACUAGAUCUAGCGUAUCUUCAAGUGACACUAAUGACAAUUCCAUUCUAAGUACAAUCACUACUGCACCUAGUACCCACAAACCAUCUUCAUCAACAGAAUCCCCGUUGUUAUCUUCCUCAAACAUCGGUACCUCAAGUAAUAUAAAUACUGAAACACAGACUGUAUUUACAACAAAUUUAGAGCAAACAUCAACACAAAAGGAUUCAAGCGAAUCAUCUACAUCCCAGCCAUCUGCCACAAGCCCUGGCAGUACACCUGUAACUUCCAUCGCAGGUAGUACCCAUGAACAAUCCACUCUGACAGAAAGCUCAUCUGCAAAAUCAAUUCCCAGUUCAUCACCAUCUACUGCUUCAUCUGUGCCAAUUAUUCCUUCAGCGGAAACUACUCUUAAUAACUCACCAAGUCCAUCUAAAGAGACUUUAAUUUUCAGUACAGUGGCAAACACAUUCAAUACCCAAGACACUUCUUCAACAGUCUCUACUAUGUUAUCCUCUUCACCCCUAAGUACUACAGGUAAAAUGACUACUGGAACAGAAGCUGCAUCUACAAGAACUUCAGAACAAACAUUAACACAAUCUGUUUUAGAUGAAUCAUCUAAAUUUGAAGUUUCUACUGUGACAUCUGAAACUACUACUCUGUCAUCCAUCACACCAAGUAGAACUCAAGAGCAAUCAACUAGCCCAGAUAGCUCAUCAACAACAAACCUUUCUACUUCAUCACUUACAACCUCACAUCACUACCCAACCUCUCAAGUAUCUGAAACAAGUCUAAAUACAUCACCUGCUGCUUCAACAAAAAUGUUUAUUUCCAGCACAAUAGAGAAUGCACAAAGCACCCAAGAACUAUCUUCAUCUAAAGAAUCUACAAUGAUAUCUUCUUCAUUGACUGAAACUUCCAGCAUUACAAAUACUCCAGCAGAAACUGCAUCUUCAAAAUCAUCAGAACAUACACCAACACCAGCUUUAUCUAGUGAAUCAUCUACAUCUAUAAUGUCUGCAGUCACACCUGGACAUUCAACUACAACUGCUAUCAAGUCAAGUAGCUCUUAUGAGCAAUCAACUGGUCUAGAGAGUACAUCACCAAAACCAAGUACUUCCUCUACACCAUCUGCAACUUCACCUGUGUCAUCACCUCCAACAAUGGAUACUAGAUCUAGCGUAUCUUCAAGUGACACUAGUGAAAAUUCCAUUCUAAGUACAAUCACUACUGCACCUAGUACCCACAAACCAUCUUCAUCAACAGAAUCCACAUUGUUAUCUUCCUCAAACAUCGGUACCUCAAGUAAUAUAAAUACUGAAACACAGACUGUAUUUACAACAAAUUUAGAGCAAACAUCAACACAAAAGGAUUCAAGCGAAUCAUCUACAUCCCAGCCAUCUGCCACAAGCCCUGGCAGUACACCUGUAACUUCCAUCGCAGGUAGUACCCAUGAACAAUCCACUCUGACAGAAAGCUCAUCUGCAAAAUCAAUUCCCAGUUCAUCACCAUCUACUGCUUCAUCUGUGCCAAUUAUUCCUUCAGCGGAAACUACUCUUAAUAACUUACCAAGUCUAUCUAAAGAGACUUUAAUUUUCAGUACAGUGGCAAACACAUUCAAUACCCAAGACACUUCUUCAACAGUCUCUACUAUGUUAUCCUCUUCACCCCUAAGUACUACAGGUAAAAUGACUACUGGAACAGAAGCUGCAUCUACAAGAACUUCAGAACAAACAUUAACACAAUCUGUUUUAGAUGAAUCAUCUAAAUUUGAAGAUUCUACUGUGACAUCUGAAACUACUACUCUGUCAUCCAUCACACCAAGAAGAUCUCAAGAGCAAUCAACUAGCCCAGAUAGCUCAUCAACAACAAACCUUUCUACUUCAUCACUUACAACCUCACAUCACUACCCAACCUCUCAAGUAUCUGAAACAAGUCUAAAUACAUCACCUGCUGCUUCAACAGAAAUGUUUAUUUCCAGCACAAUAGAGAAUGCACAAAGCACCCAAGAACUAUCUUCAUCUAAAGAAUCUACAAUGAUAUCUUCUUCAUUGACUGAAACUUCCAGCAUUACAAAUACUCCAGCAGAAACUGCAUCUUCAAAAUCAUCAGAACAUACACCAACACCAGCUUUAUCUAGUGAAUCAUCUACAUCUCUAAUGUCUGCAGUCACACCUGGACAUUCAACUACAACUGCUAUCAAGUCAAGUAGCUCUUAUGAGCAAUCAACUGGUCUAGAGAGUACAUCACCAAAACCAAGUACUUCCUCUACACCAUCUGCAACUUCACCUGUGUCAUCACCUCCAACAAUGGAUACUAGAUCUAGCGUAUCUUCAAGUGACACUAAUGACAAUUCCAUUCUAAGUACAAUCACUACUGCACCUAGUACCCACAAACCAUCUUCAUCAACAGAAUCCCCGUUGUUUUCUUCCUCAAACAUCGGUACCUCAAGUAAUAUAAAUACUGAAACACAGACUGUAUUUACAACAAAUUUAGAGCAAAAAUCAACACAAAAGGAUUCAAGCGAAUCAUCUACAUCCCAGCCAUCUGCCACAAGCCCUGGCAGUACACCUGUAACUUCCAUCGCAGGUGUUACCCAUGAACAAUCCACUCUGACAGAAAGCUCAUCUGCAAAAUCAAUUCCCAGUUCAUCACCAUCUACUGCUUCAUCUGUGCCAAUUAUUCCUUCAGCGGAAACUACUCUUAAUAACUCACCAAGUCCAUCUAAAGAGACUUUAAUUUUCAGUACAGUGGCAAACACAUUCAAUACCCAAGACACUUCUUCAACAGUCUCUACUAUGUUAUCCUCUUCACCCCUAAGUGCUACAGGUAAAAUGAAUACUGGAACAGAAGCUGCAUCUACAAGAACUUCAGAACAAACAUUAACACAAUCUGUUUUAGAUGAAUCAUCUAAAUUUGAAGAUUCUACUGUGACAUCUGAAACUACUACUCUGUCAUCCAUCACACCAAGUAGAACUCAAGAGCAAUCAACUAGCCCAGAUAGCUCAUCAACAACAAACCUUUCUACUUCAUCACUUACAACCACACAUCACUACCCAACCUCUCAAGUAUCUGAAACAAGUCUAAAUACAUCACCUGCUGCUUCAACAGAAAUGUUUAUUUCCAGCACAAUAGAGAAUGCACAAAGCACCCAAGAACUAUCUUCAUCUAAAGAAUCUACAAUGAUAUCUUCUUCAUUGACUGAAACUUCCAGCAUUACAAAUACUCCAGCAGAAACUGCAUCUUCAAAAUCAUCAGAACAUACACCAACACCAGCUUUAUCUAGUGAAUCAUCUACAUCUCUAAUGUCUGCAGUCACACCUGGAUAUUCAACUACAACUGCUAUCAAGUCAAGUAGCUCUUAUGAGCAAUCAACUGGUCUAGAGAGUACAUCACCAAAACCAAGUACUUCCUCUACACCAUCUGCAACUUCACCUGUGUCAUCACCUCCAACAAUGGAUACUAGAUCUAGCGUAUCUUCAAGUGACACUAAUGACAAUUCCAUUCUAAGUACAAUCACUACUGCACCUAGUACCCACAAACCAUCUUCAUCAACAGAAUCCCCGUUGUUAUCUUCCUCAAACAUCGGUACCUCAAGUAAUAUAAAUACUGAAACACAGACUGUAUUUACAACAAAUUUAGAGCAAACAUCAACACAAAAGGAUUCAAGCGAAUCAUCUACAUCCCAGCCAUCUGCCACAAGCCCUGGCAGUACACCUGUAACUUCCAUCGCAGGUAGUACCCAUGAACAAUCCCCUCUGACAGAAAGCUCAUCUGCAAAAUCAAUUCCCAGUUCAUCACCAUCUACUGCUUCAUCUGUGCCAAUUAUUCCUUCAGCGGAAACUACUCUUAAUAACUCACCAAGUCCAUCUAAAGAGACUUUAAUUUUCAGUACAGUGGCAAACACAUUCAAUAUCCAAGACACUUCUUCAACAGUCUCUACUAUGUUAUCCUCUUCACCCCUAAGUACUACAGGUAAAAUGACUACUGGAACAGAAGCUGCAUCUACAAGAACUUCAGAACAAACAUUAACACAAUCUGUUUUAGAUGAAUCAUCUAAAUUUGAAGAUUCUACUGUGACAUCUGAAACUACUACUCUGUCAUCAAUCACACCAAGAAGAUCUCAAGAGCAAUCAACUAGCCCAGAUAGCUCAUCAACAACAAACCUUUCUACUUCAUCACUUACAACCUCACAUCACUACCCAACCUCUCAAGUAUCUGAAACAAGUCUAAAUACAUCACCUGCUGCUUCAACAGAAAUGUUUAUUUCCAGCACAAUAGAGAAUGCACAAAGCACCCAAGAACUAUCUUCAUCUAAAGAAUCUACAAUGAUAUCUUCUUCAUUGACUGAAACUUCCAGCAUUACAAAUACUCCAGCAGAAACUGCAUCUUCAAAAUCAUCAGAACAUACACCAACACCAGCUUUAUCUAGUGAAUCAUCUACAUCUCUAAUGUCUGCAGUCACACCUGGACAUUCAACUACAACUGCUAUCAAGUCAAGCAGCUCUUAUGAGCAAUCAACUGGUCUAGAGAGUACAUCACCAAAACCAAGUACUUCCUCUACACCAUCUGCAACUUCACCUGUGUCAUCACCUCCAACAAUGGAUACUAGAUCUAGCGUAUCUUCAAGUGACACUAAUGACAAUUCCAUUCUAAGUACAAUCACUACUGCACCUAGUACCCACAAACCAUCUUCAUCAACAGAAUCCCCGUUGUUAUCUUCCUCAAACAUCGGUACCUCAAGUAAUAUAAAUACUGAAACACAGACUGUAUUUACAACAAAUUUAGAGCAAACAUCAACACAAAAGGAUUCAAGCAAAUCAUCCACAUCUCAGCCUAAUUCCACAAGCCCUGGCAGUACACCUGUAACUUCCAUCGCAGGUAGUACCCAUGAACAAUCCACUCUGACAGAAAGCUCAUCUGCAAAAUCAAUUCCCAGUUCAUCACCAUCUACUGCUUCAUCUGUGCCAAUUAUUCCUUCAGCGGAAACUACUCUUAAUAACUCACCAAGUCCAUCUAAAGAGACUUUAAUUUUCAGUACAGUGGCAAACACAUUCAAUACCCAAGACACUUCUUCAACAGUCUCUACUAUGUUAUCCUCUUCACCCCUAAGUACUACAGAUGAAUCAUCUAAAUUUGAAGAUUCUACUGUGACAUCUGAAACUACUACUCUGUCAUCCAUCACACCAAGUAGAACUCAAGAGCAAUCAACUAGCCCAGAUAGCUCAUCAACAACAAACCUUUCUACUUCAUCACUUACAACCUCACAUCACUACCCAACCUCUCAAGUAUCUGAAACAAGUCUAAAUACAUCACCUGCUGCUUCAACAGAAAUGUUUAUUUCCAGCACAAUAGAGAAUGCACAAAGCACCCAAGAACUAUCUUCAUCUAAAGAAUCUACAAUGAUAUCUUCUUCAUUGACUGAAACUUCCAGCAUUACAAAUACUCCAGCAGAAACUGCAUCUUCAAAAUCAUCAGAACAUACACCAACACCAGCUUUAUCUAGUGAAUCAUCUACAUCUCUAAUGUCUGCAGUCACACCUGGACAUUCAACUACAACUGCUAUCAAGUCAAGUAGCUCUUAUGAGCAAUCAACUGGUCUAGAGAGUACAUCACCAAAACCAAGUACUUCCUCUACACCAUCUGCAACUUCACCUGUGUCAUCACCUCCAACAAUGGAUACUAGAUCUAGCGUAUCUUCAAAUGACACUAAUGACAAUUCCAUUCUAAGUACAAUCACUACUGCACCUAGUACCCACAAACCAUCUUCAUCAACAGAAUCCCCGUUGUUAUCUUCCUCAAACAUCGGUACCUCAAGUAAUAUAAAUACUGAAACACAGACUGUAUUUACAACAAAUUUAGAGCAAACAUCAACACAAAAGGAUUCAAGCGAAUCAUCUACAUCCCAGCCAACUGCCACAAGCCCUGGCAGUACACCUGUAACUUCCAUCGCAGGUAGUACCCAUGAACAAUCCACUCUGACAGAAAGCUCAUCUGCAAAAUCAAUUCCCAGUUCAUCACCAUCUACUACUUCAUCUGUGCCAAUUAUUCCUUCAGCGGAAACUACUCUUAAUAACUCACCAAGUCCAUCUAAAGAGACUUUAAUUUUCAGUACAGUGGCAAACACAUUCAAUACCCAAGACACUUCUUCAACAGUCUCUACUAUGUUAUCCUCUUCACCCCUAAGUACUACAGGUAAAAUGACUACUGGAACAGAAGCUGCAUCUACAAGAACUUCAGAACAAACAUUAACACAAUCUGUUUUAGAUGAAUCAUCUAAAUUUGAAGUUUCUAUUGUGACAUUUGAAACUACUACUCUGUCAUCCAUCACACCAAGUAGAACUCAAGAGCAAUCAACUAGCCCAGAUAGCUCAUCAACAACAAACCUUUCUACUUCAUCACUUACAACCUCACAUCACUACCCAACCUCUCAAGUAUCUGAAACAAGUCUAAAUACAUCACCUGCUGCUUCAACAGAAAUGUUUAUUUCCAGCACAAUAGAGAAUGCACAAAGCACCCAAGAACUAUCUUCAUCUAAAGAAUCUACAAUGAUAUCUUCUUCAUUGACUGAAACUUCCAGCAUUACAAAUACUCCAGCAGAAACUGCAUCUUCAAAAUCAUCAGAACAUACACCAACACCAGCUUUAUCUAGUGAAUCAUCUACAUCUCUAAUGUCUGCAGUCACACCUGGACAUUCAACUACAACUGCUAUCAAGUCAAGUAGCUCUUAUGAGCAAUCAACUGGUCUAGAGAGUACAUCACCAAAACCAAGUACUUCCUCUACACCAUCUGCAACUUCACCUGUGUCAUCACCUCCAACAAUGGAUACUAGAUCUAGCGUAUCUUCAAAUGACACUAAUGACAAUUCCAUUCUAAGUACAAUCACUACUGCACCUAGUACCCACAAACCAUCUUCAUCAACAGAAUCCCCGUUGUUAUCUUCCUCAAACAUCGGUACCUCAAGUAAUAUAAAUACUGAAACACAGACUGUAUUUACAACAAAUUUAGAGCAAACAUCAACACAAAAGGAUUCAAGCAAAUCAUCCACAUCUCAGCCUAAUUCCACAAGCCCUGGCAGUACACCUGUAACUUCCAUCGCAGGUAGUACCCAUGAACAAUCCACUCUGACAGAAAGCUCAUCUGCAAAAUCAAUUCCCAGUUCAUCACCAUCUACUGCUUCAUCUGUGCCAAUUAUUCCUUCAGCGGAAACUACUCUUAAUAACUCACCAAGUCUAUCUAAAGAGACUUUAAUUUUCAGUACAGUGGCAAACACAUUCAAUACCCAAGACACUUCUUCAACAGUCUCUACUAUGUUAUCCUCUUCACCCCUAAGUACUACAGGUAAAAUGACUACUGGAACAGAAGCUGCAUCUACAAGAACUUCAGAACAAACAUUAACACAAUCUGUUUUAGAUGAAUCAUCUAAAUUUGAAGAUUCUACUGUGACAUCUGAAACUACUACUCUGUCAUCCAUCACACCAAGUAGAACUCAAGAGCAAUCAACUAGCCCAGAUAGCUCAUCAACAACAAACCUUUCUACUUCAUCACUUACAACCUCACAUCACUACCCAACCUCUCAAGUAUCUGAAUCAAGUCUAAAUGCAUCACCUGCUGCUUCAACAGAAAUGUUUAUUUCCAGCACAAUAGAGAAUGCACAAAGCACCCAAGAACUAUCUUCAUCUAAAGAAUCUACAAUGAUAUCUUCUUCAUUGACUGAAACUUCCAGCAUUACAAAUACUCCAGCAGAAACGGCAUCGUCAAAAUCUUCAGAACAUACACCAACACCAGCUUUAUCUAGUGAAUCAUCUACAUCUCUAAUGUCUGCAGUCACACCUGGACAUUCAACUACAACUGCUAUCAAGUCAAGUAGCUCUUAUGAGCAAUCAACUGGUCUAGAGAGUACAUCACCAAAACCAAGUACUUCCUCUACACCAUCUGCAACUUCACCUGUGUCAUCACCUCCAACAAUGGAUACUAGAUCUAGCGUAUCUUCAAGUGACACUAAUGACAAUUCCAUUCUAAGUACAAUCACUACUGCACCUAGUACCCACAAACCAUCUUCAUCAACAGAAUCCCCAUUGUUAUCUUCCUCAAACAUCGGUACCUCAAGUAAUAUAAAUACUGAAACACAGACUGUAUUUACAACAAAUUUAGAGCAAACAUCAACACAAAAGGAUUCAAGCGAAUCAUCUACAUCCCAGCCAUCUGCCACAAGCCCUGGCAGUACACCUGUAACUUCCAUCGCAGGUAGUACCCAUGAACAAUCCACUCUGACAGAAAGCUCAUCUGCAAAAUCAAUUCCCAGUUCAUCACCAUCUACUGCUUCAUCUGUGCCAAUUAUUCCUUCAGCGGAAACUACUCUUAAUAACUCACCAAGUCCAUCUAAAGAGACUUUAAUUUUCAGUACAGUGGCAAACACAUUCAAUACCCAAGACACUUCUUCAACAGUCUCUACUAUGUUAUCCUCUUCACCCCUAAGUACUACAGGUAAAAUGACUACUGGAACAGAAGCUGCAUCUACAAGAACUUCAGAACAAACAUUAACACAAUCUGUUUUAGAUGAAUCAUCUAAAUUUGAAGAUUCUACUGUGACAUCUGAAACUACUACUCUGUCAUCCAUCACACCAAGUAGAACUCAAGAGCAAUCAACUAGCCCAGAUAGCUCAUCAACAACAAACCUUUCUACUUCAUCACUUACAACCUCACAUCACUACCCAACCUCUCAAGUAUCUGAAACAAGUCUACAUACAUCACCUGCUGCUUCAACAGAAAUGUUUAUUUCCAGCACAAUAGAGAAUGCACAAAGCACCCAAGAACUAUCUUCAUCUAAAGAAUCUACAAUGAUAUCUUCUUCAUUGACUGAAACUUCCAGCAUUACAAAUACUCCAGCAGAAACUGCAUCUUCAAAAUCAUCAGAACAUACACCAACACCAGCUUUAUCUAGUGAAUCAUCUACAUCUCUAAUGUCUGCAGUCACACCUGGACAUUCAACUACAACUGCUAUCAAGUCAAGUAGCUCUUAUGAGCAUUCAACUGGUCUAGAGAGUACAUCACCAAAACCAAGUACUUCCUCUACACCAUCUGCAACUUCACCUGUGUCAUCACCUCCAACAAUGGAUACUAGAUCUAGCGUAUCUUCAAGUGACACUAAUGACAAUUCCAUUCUAAGUACAAUCACUACUGCACCUAGUACCCACAAACCAUCUUCAUCAACAGAAUCCCCGUUGUUAUCUUCCUCAAACAUCGGUACCUCAAGUAAUAUAAAUACUGAAACACAGACUGUAUUUACAACAAAUUUAGAGCAAACAUCAACACAAAAGGAUUUAAGCGAAUCAUCUACAUCCCAGCCAUCUGCCACAAGCCCUGGCAGUACACCUGUAACUUCCAUCGCAGGUAGUACCCAUGAACAAUCCACUCUGACAGAAAGCUCAUCUGCAAAAUCAAUUCCCAGUUCAUCACCAUCUACUACUUCAUCUGUGCCAAUUAUUCCUUCAGCGGAAACUACUCUUAAUAACUCACCAAGUCCAUCUAAAGAGACUUUAAUUUUCAGUACAGUGGCAAACACAUUCAAUACCCAAGACACUUCUUCAACAGUCUCUACUAUGUUAUCCUCUUCACCCCUAAGUGCUACAGGUAAAAUGACUACUGGAACAGAAGCUGCAUCUACAAGAACUUCAGAACAAACAUUAACACAAUCUGUUUUAGAUGAAUCAUCUAAAUUUAAAGUUUCUACUGUGACAUCUGAAACUACUACUCUGUCAUCCACCACACCAAGUAGAACUCAAGAGCAAUCAACUAGCCCAGAUAGCUCAUCAACAACAAACCUUUCUACUUCAUCACUUACAACCUCACAUCACUACCCAACCUAUCAAGUAUCUGAAACAAGUCUAAAUACAUCACCUGCUGCUUCAACAGAAAUGUUUAUUUCCAGCACAAUAGAGAAUGCACAAAGCACCCAAGAACUAUCUCCAUCUAAAGAAUCUACAAUGAUAUCUUCUUCAUUGACUGAAACUUCCAGCAUUACAAAUACUCCAGCAGAAACUGCAUCUUCAAAAUCAUCAGAACAUACACCAACACCAGCUUUAUCUAGUGAAUCAUCUACAUCUCUAAUGUCUGCAGUCACACCUGGACAUUCAACUACAACUGCUAUCAAGUCAAGUAGCUCUUAUGAGCAAUCAACUGGUCUAGAGAGUACAUCACCAAAACCAAGUACUUCCUCUACACCAUCUGCAACUUCACCUGUGUCAUCACCUCCAACAAUGGAUACUAGAUCUAGCGAAUCUUCAAGUGACACUAAUGACAAUUCCAUUCUGAGUACAAUCACUACUGCACCUAGUACCCACAAACCAUCUUCAUCAACAGAAUCCCCGUUGUUAUCUUCCUCAAACAUCGGUACCUCAAGUAAUAUAAAUACUGAAACACAGACUGUAUUUACAACAAAUUUAGAGCAAACAUCAACACAAAAGGAUUCAAGCAAAUCAUCCACAUCUCAGCCUAAUUCCACAAGCCCUGGCAGUACACCUGUAACUUCCAUCGCAGGUAGUACCCAUGAACAAUCCACUCUGACAGAAAGCUCAUCUGCAAAAUCAAUUCCCAGUUCAUCACCAUCUACUGCUUCAUCUGUGCCAAUUAUUCCUUCAGCGGAAACUACUCUUAAUAACUCACCAAGUCCAUCUAAAGAGACUUUAAUUUUCAGUACAGUAGCAAACACAUUCAAUACCCAAGACACUUCUUCAACAGUCUCUACUAUGUUAUCCUCUUCACCCCUAAGUACUACAGGUAAAAUGACUACUGGAACAGAAGCUGCAUCUACAAGAACUUCAGAACAAACAUUAACACAAUCUGUUUUAGAUGAAUCAUCUAAAUUUGAAGAUUCUACUGUGACAUCUGAAACUACUACUCUGUCAUCCAUCACACCAAGUAGAACUCAAGAGCAAUCAACUAGCCCAGAUAGCUCAUCAACAACAAACCUUUCUACUUCAUCACUUACAACCUCACAUCACUAUCCAACCUCUCAAGUAUCUGAAUCAAGUCUAAAUACAUCACCUGCUGCUUCAACAAAAAUGUUUAUUUCCAGCACAAUAGAGAAUGCACAAAGCACCCAAGAACUAUCUUCAUCUAAAGAAUCUACAAUGAUAUCUUCUUCAUUGACUGAAACUUUCAGCAUUACAAAUACUCCAGCAGAAACUGCAUCUUCAAAAUCAUCAGAACAUACACCAACACCAGCUUUAUCUAGUGAAUCAUCUACAUCUAUAAUGUCUGCAGUCACACCUGGACAUUCAACUACAACUGCUAUCAAGUCAAGUAGCUCUUAUGAGCAAUCAACUGGUCUAGAGAGUACAUCACCAAAACCAAGUACUUCCUCUACACCAUCUGCAACUUCACCUGUGUCAUCACCUCCAACAAUGGAUACUAGAUCUAGCGUAUCUUCAAGUGACACUAAUGACAAUUCCAUUCUAAGUACAAUCACUACUGCACCUAGUACCCACAAACCAUCUUCAUCAACAGAAUCCCCGUUGUUAUCUUCCUCAAACAUCGGUACCUCAAGUAAUAUAAAUACUGAAACACAGACUGUAUUUACAACAAAUUUAGAGCAAACAUCAACACAAAAGGAUUCAAGCGAAUCAUCUACAUCCCAGCCAUCUGCCACAAGCCCUGGCAGUACACCUGUAACUUCCAUCGCAGGUAGUACCCAUGAACAAUCCACUCUGACAGAAAGCUCAUCUGCAAAAUCAAUUCCCAGUUCAUCACCAUCUACUGCUUCAUCUGUGCCAAUUAUUCCUUCAGCGGAAACUACUCUUAAUAACUCACCAAGUCCAUCUAAAGAGACUUUAAUUUUCAGUACAGUGGCAAACACAUUCAAUACCCAAGACACUUCUUCAACAGUCUCUACUAUGUUAUCCUCUUCACCCCUAAGUACUACAGGUAAAAUGACUACUGGAACAGAAGCUGCAUCUACAAGAACUUCAGAACAAACAUUAACACAAUCUGUUUUAGAUGAAUCAUCUAAAUUUGAAGUUUCUACUGUGACAUCUGAAACUACUACUCUGUCAUCCAUCACACCAAGUAGAACUCAAGAGCAAUCAACUAGCCCAGAUAGCUCAUCAACAACAAACCUUUCUACUUCAUCACUUACAACCUCACAUCACUACCCAACCUCUCAAGUAUCUGAAACAAGUCUAAAUACAUCACCUGCUGCUUCAACAGAAAUGUUUAUUUCCAGCACAAUAGAGAAUGCACAAAGCACCCAAGAACUAUCUCCAUCUAAAGAAUCUACAAUGAUAUCUUCUUCAUUGACUGAAACUUCCAGCAUUACAAAUACUCCAGCAGAAACUGCAUCUUCAAAAUCAUCAGAACAUACACCAACACCAGCUUUAUCUAGUGAAUCAUCUACAUCUCUGUCUGCAGUCACACCUGGACAUUCAACUACAACUGCUAUCAAGUCAAGUAGCUCUUAUGAGCAAUCAACUGGUCUAGAGAGUACAUCACCAAAACCAAGUACUUCCUCUACACCAUCUGCAACUUCACCUGUGUCAUCACCUCCAACAAUGGAUACUAGAUCUAGCGUAUCUUCAAGUGACACUAAUGACAAUUCCAUUCUAAGUACAAUCACUACUGCACCUAGUACCCACAAACCAUCUUCAUCAACAGAAUCCCCGUUGUUAUCUUCCUCAAACAUCGGUACCUCAAGUAAUAUAAAUACUGAAACACAGACUGUAUUUACAACAAAUUUAGAGCAAACAUCAACACAAAAGGAUUCAAGCGAAUCAUCUACAUCCCAGCCAUCUGCCACAAGCCCUGGCAGUACACCUGUAACUUCCAUCGCAGGUAGUACCCAUGAACAAUCCACUCUGACAGAAAGCUCAUCUGCAAAAUCAAUUCCCAGUUCAUCACCAUCUACUACUUCAUCUGUGCCAAUUAUUCCUUCAGCGGAAACUACUCUUAAUAACUCACCAAGUCCAUCUAAAGAGACUUUAAUUUUCAGUACAGUGGCAAACACAUUCAAUACCCAAGACACUUCUUCAACAGUCUCUACUAUGUUAUCCUCUUCACCCCUAAGUACUACAGGUAAAAUGACUACUGGAACAGAAGCUGCAUCUACAAGAACUUCAGAACAAACAUUAACACAAUCUGUUUUAGAUGAAUCAUCUAAAUUUGAAGUUUCUACUGUGACAUCUGAAACUACUACUCUGUCAUCCAUCACACCAAGUAGAACUCAAGAGCAAUCAACUAGCCCAGAUAGCUCAUCAACAACAAACCUUUCUACUUCAUCACUUACAACCUCACAUCACUACCCAACCUCUCAAGUAUCUGAAACAAGUCUAAAUACAUCACCUGCUGCUUCAACAGAAAUGUUUAUUUCCAGCACAAUAGAGAAUGCACAAAGCACCCAAGAACUAUCUUCAUCUAAAGAAUCUACAAUGAUAUCUUCUUCGUUGACUGAAACUUCCAGCAUUACAAAUACUCCAGCAGAAACUGCAUCUUCAAAAUCAUCAGAACAUACACCAACACCAGCUUUAUCUAGUGAAUCAUCUACAUCUCUAAUGUCUGCAGUCACACCUGGACAUUCAACUACAACUGCUAUCAAGUCAAGUAACUCUUAUGAGCAAUCAACUGGCCUAGAGAGUACAUCACCAAAACCAAGUACUUCCUCUACACCAUCUGCAACUUCACCUGUGUCAUCACCUCCAACAAUGGAUACUAGAUCUAGCGUAUCUUCAAGUGACACUAAUGACAAUUCCAUUCUAAGUACAAUCACUACUGCACCUAGUACCCACAAACCAUCUUCAUCAACAGAAUCCCCGUUGUUAUCUUCCUCAAACAUCGGUACCUCAAGUAAUAUAAAUACUGAAACACAGACUGUAUUUACAACAAAUUUAGAGCAAACAUCAACACAAAAGGAUUUAAGCGAAUCAUCUACAUUCCAGCCAUCUGCCACAAGCCCUGGCAGUACACCUGUAACUUCCAUCGCAGGUAGUACCCAUGAACAAUCCACUCUGACAGAAAGCUCAUCUGCAAAAUCAAUUCCCAGUUCAUCACCAUCUACUACUUCAUCAGUGCCAAUUAUUCCUUCAGCGGAAACUACUCUUAAUAACUCACCAAGUCCAUCUAAAGAGACUUUAAUUUUCAGUACAGUGGCAAACACAUUCAAUACCCAAGACACUUCUUCAACAGUCUCUACUAUGUUAUCCUCUUCACCCCUAAGUACUACAGGUAAAAUGACUACUGGAACAGAAGCUGCAUCUACAAGAACUUCAGAACAAACAUUAACACAAUCUGUUUUAGAUGAAUCAUCUAAAUUUGAAGAUUCUACUGUGACAUCUGAAACUACUACUCUGUCAUCCAUCACACCAAGUAGAACUCAAGAGCAAUCAACUAGCCCAGAUAGCUCAUCAACAACAAACCUUUCUACUUCAUCACUUACAACCUCACAUCACUAUCCAACCUCUCAAGUAUCUGAAUCAAGUCUAAAUACAUCACCUGCUGCUUUAACAAAAAUGUUUAUUUCCAGCACAAUAGAGAAUGCACAAAGCACCCAAGAACUAUCUUCAUCUAAAGAAUCUACAAUGAUAUCUUCUUCAUUGACUGAAACUUCCAGCAUUACAAAUACUCCAGCAGAAACUGCAUCUUCAAAAUCAUCAGAACAUACACCAACACCAGCUUUAUCUAGUGAAUCAUCUACAUCUCUAAUGUCUGCAGUCACACCUGGACAUUCAACUACAACUGCUAUCAAGUCAAGUAGCUCUUAUGAGCAAUCAACUGGUCUAGAGAGUACAUCACCAAAACCAAGUACUUCCUCUACACCAUCUGCAACUUCACCUGUGUCAUCACCUCCAACAAUGGAUACUAGAUCUAGCGUAUCUUCAAGUGACACUAAUGACAAUUCCAUUCUAAGUACAAUCACUACUGCACCUAGUACCCACAAACCAUCUUCAUCAACAGAAUCCCCGUUGUUAUCUUCCUCAAACAUCGGUACCUCAAGUAAUAUAAAUACUGAAACACAGACUGUAUUUACAACAAAUUUAGAGCAAACAUCAACACAAAAGGAUUCAAGCGAAUCAUCUACAUCCCAGCCAUCUGCCACAAGCCCUGGCAGUACACCUGUAACUUCCAUCGCAGGUAGUACCCAUGAACAAUCCACUCUGACAGAAAGCUCAUCUGCAAAAUCAAUUCCCAGUUCAUCACCAUCUACUGCUUCAUCUGUGCCAAUUAUUCCUUCAGCGGAAACUACUCUUAAUAACUUACCAAGUCCAUCUAAAGAGACUUUAAUUUUCAGUACAGUGGCAAACACAUUCAAUACCCAAGACACUUCUUCAACAGUCUCUACUAUGUUAUCCUCUUCACCCCUAAGUACUACAGGUAAAAUGACAACUGGAACAGAAGCUGCAUCUACAAGAACUUCAGAACAAACAUUAACACAAUCUGUUUUAGAUGAAUCAUCUAAAUUUGAAGAUUCUACUGUGACAUCUGAAACUACUACUCUGUCAUCCAUCACACCAAGUAGAACUCAAGAGCAAUCAACUAGCCCAGAUAGCUCAUCAACAACAAACCUUUCUACUUCAUCACUUACAACCUCACAUCACUACCCAACCUCUCAAGUAUCUGAAACAAGUCUAAAUACAUCACCUGCUGCUUCAACAGAAAUGUUUAUUUCCAGCACAAUAGAGAAUGCACAAAGCACCCAAGAACUAUCUUCAUCUAAAGAAUCUACAAUGAUAUCUUCUUCAUUGACUGAAACUUCCAGCAUUAUAAAUACUCCAGCAGAAACUGCAUCUUCAAAAUCAUCAGAACAUACACCAACACCAGCUUUAUCUAGUGAAUCAUCUACAUCUCUAAUGUCUGCAGUCACACCUGGAUAUUCAACUACUAUCAAGUCAAGUAGCUCUUAUGAGCAAUCAACUGGUCUAGAGAGUACAUCACCAAAACCAAGUACUUCCUCUACACCAUCUGCAACUUCACCUGUGUCAUCACCUCCAACAAUGGAUACUAGAUCUAGCGUAUCUUCAAGUGACACUAAUGACAAUUCCAUUCUAAGUACAAUCACUACUGCACCUAGUACCCACAAACCAUCUUCAUCAACAGAAUCCCCGUUGUUAUCUUCCUCAAACAUCGGUACCUCAAGUAAUAUAAAUACUGAAACACAGACUGUAUUUACAACAAAUUUAGAGCAAACAUCAACACAAAAGGAUUCAAGCGAAUCAUCUACAUCCCAGCCAUCUGCCACAAGCCCUGGCAGUACACCUGUAACUUCCAUCGCAGGUAGUACCCAUGAACAAUCCACUCUGACAGAAAGCUCAUCUGCAAAAUCAAUUCCCAGUUCAUCACCAUCUACUGCUUCAUCUGUGCCAAUUAUUCCUUCAGCGGAAACUACUCUUAAUAACUCACCAAGUCCAUCUAAAGAGACUUUAAUUUUCAGUACAGUGGCAAACACAUUCAAUACCCAAGACACUUCUUCAACAGUCUCUACUAUGUUAUCCUCUUCACCCCUAAGUACUACAGGUAAAAUGACUACUGGAACAGAAGCUGCAUCUACAAGAACUUCAGAACAAACAUUAACACAAUCUGUUUUAGAUGAAUCAUCUAAAUUUGAAGUUUCUACUGUGACAUCUGAAACUACUACUCUGUCAUCCAUCACACCAAGUAGAACUCAAGAGCAAUCAACUAGCCCAGAUAGCUCAUCAACAACAAACCUUUCUACUUCAUCACUUACAACCUCACAUCACUACCCAACCUCUCAAGUAUCUGAAACAAGUCUAAAUACAUCACCUGCUGCUUCAACAGAAAUGUUUAUUUCCAGCACAAUAGAGAAUGCACAAAGCACCCAAGAACUAUCUCCAUCUAAAGAAUCUACAAUGAUAUCUUCUUCAUUGACUGAAACUUCCAGCAUUACAAAUACUCCAGCAGAAACUGCAUCUUCAAAAUCAUCAGAACAUACACCAACACCAGCUUUAUCUAGUGAAUCAUCUACAUCUCUGUCUGCAGUCACACCUGGACAUUCAACUACAACUGCUAUCAAGUCAAGUAGCUCUUAUGAGCAAUCAACUGGUCUAGAGAGUACAUCACCAAAACCAAGUACUUCCUCUACACCAUCUGCAACUUCACCUGUGUCAUCACCUCCAACAAUGGAUACUAGAUCUAGCGUAUCUUCAAGUGACACUAAUGACAAUUCCAUUCUAAGUACAAUCACUACUGCACCUAGUACCCACAAACCAUCUUCAUCAACAGAAUCCCCGUUGUUAUCUUCCUCAAACAUCGGUACCUCAAGUAAUAUAAAUACUGAAACACAGACUGUAUUUACAACAAAUUUAGAGCAAACAUCAACACAAAAGGAUUCAAGCGAAUCAUCUACAUCCCAGCCAUCUGCCACAAGCCCUGGCAGUACACCUGUAACUUCCAUCGCAGGUAGUACCCAUGAACAAUCCACUCUGACAGAAAGCUCAUCUGCAAAAUCAAUUCCCAGUUCAUCACCAUCUACUGCUUCAUCUGUGCCAAUUAUUCCUUCAGCGGAAACUACUCUUAAUAACUCACCAAGUCCAUCUAAAGAGACUUUAAUUUUCAGUACAGUGGCAAACACAUUCAAUACCCAAGACACUUCUUCAACAGUCUCUACUAUGUUAUCCUCUUCACCCCUAAGUACUACAGGUAAAAUGACUACUGGAACAGAAGCUGCAUCUACAAGAACUUCAGAACAAACAUUAACACAAUCUGUUUUAGAUGAAUCAUCUAAAUUUGAAGUUUCUACUGUGACAUCUGAAACUACUACUCUGUCAUCCAUCACACCAAGUAGAACUCAAGAGCAAUCAACUAGCCCAGAUAGCUCAUCAACAACAAACCUUUCUACUUCAUCACUUACAACCUCACAUCACUACCCAACCUCUCAAGUAUCUGAAACAAGUCUAAAUACAUCACCUGCUGCUUCAACAAAAAUGUUUAUUUCCAGCACAAUAGAGAAUGCACAAAGCACCCAAGAACUAUCUUCAUCUAAAGAAUCUACAAUGAUAUCUUCUUCAUUGACUGAAACUUCCAGCAUUACAAAUACUCCAGCAGAAACUGCAUCUUCAAAAUCAUCAGAACAUACACCAACACCAGCUUUAUCUAGUGAAUCAUCUACAUCUAUAAUGUCUGCAGUCACACCUGGACAUUCAACUACAACUGCUAUCAAGUCAAGUAGCUCUUAUGAGCAAUCAACUGGUCUAGAGAGUACAUCACCAAAACCAAGUACUUCCUCUACACCAUCUGCAACUUCACCUGUGUCAUCACCUCCAACAAUGGAUACUAGAUCUAGCGUAUCUUCAAGUGACACUAGUGAAAAUUCCAUUCUAAGUACAAUCACUACUGCACCUAGUACCCACAAACCAUCUUCAUCAACAGAAUCCACAUUGUUAUCUUCCUCAAACAUCGGUACCUCAAGUAAUAUAAAUACUGAAACACAGACUGUAUUUACAACAAAUUUAGAGCAAACAUCAACACAAAAGGAUUCAAGCGAAUCAUCUACAUCCCAGCCAUCUGCCACAAGCCCUGGCAGUACACCUGUAACUUCCAUCGCAGGUAGUACCCAUGAACAAUCCACUCUGACAGAAAGCUCAUCUGCAAAAUCAAUUCCCAGUUCAUCACCAUCUACUGCUUCAUCUGUGCCAAUUAUUCCUUCAGCGGAAACUACUCUUAAUAACUUACCAAGUCUAUCUAAAGAGACUUUAAUUUUCAGUACAGUGGCAAACACAUUCAAUACCCAAGACACUUCUUCAACAGUCUCUACUAUGUUAUCCUCUUCACCCCUAAGUACUACAGGUAAAAUGACUACUGGAACAGAAGCUGCAUCUACAAGAACUUCAGAACAAACAUUAACACAAUCUGUUUUAGAUGAAUCAUCUAAAUUUGAAGAUUCUACUGUGACAUCUGAAACUACUACUCUGUCAUCCAUCACACCAAGUAGAACUCAAGAGCAAUCAACUAGCCCAGAUAGCUCAUCAACAACAAACCUUUCUACUUCAUCACUUACAACCUCACAUCACUACCCAACCUCUCAAGUAUCUGAAACAAGUCUAAAUACAUCACCUGCUGCUUCAACAGAAAUGUUUAUUUCCAGCACAAUAGAGAAUGCACAAAGCACCCAAGAACUAUCUUCAUCUAAAGAAUCUACAAUGAUAUCUUCUUCAUUGACUGAAACUUCCAGCAUUACAAAUACUCCAGCAGAAACUGCAUCUUCAAAAUCAUCAGAACAUACACCAACACCAGCUUUAUCUAGUGAAUCAUCUACAUCUCUAAUGUCUGCAGUCACACCUGGAUAUUCAACUACUAUCAAGUCAAGUAGCUCUUAUGAGCAAUCAACUGGUCUAGAGAGUACAUCACCAAAACCAAGUACUUCCUCUACACCAUCUGCAACUUCACCUGUGUCAUCACCUCCAACAAUGGAUACUAGAUCUAGCGUAUCUUCAAGUGACACUAAUGACAAUUCCAUUCUAAGUACAAUCACUACUGCACCUAGUACCCACAAACCAUCUUCAUCAACAGAAUCCCCGUUGUUAUCUUCCUCAAACAUCGGUACCUCAAGUAAUAUAAAUACUGAAACACAGACUGUAUUUACAACAAAUUUAGAGCAAACAUCAACACAAAAGGAUUCAAGCGAAUCAUCUACAUCCCAGCCAUCUGCCACAAGCCCUGGCAGUACACCUGUAACUUCCAUCGCAGGUAGUACCCAUGAACAAUCCACUCUGACAGAAAGCUCAUCUGCAAAAUCAAUUCCCAGUUCAUCACCAUCUACUACUUCAUCUGUGCCAAUUAUUCCUUCAGCGGAAACUACUCUUAAUAACUCACCAAGUCCAUCUAAAGAGACUUUAAUUUUCAGUACAGUGGCAAACACAUUCAAUACCCAAGACACUUCUUCAACAGUCUCUACUAUGUUAUCCUCUUCACCCCUAAGUACUACAGGUAAAAUGACUACUGGAACAGAAGCUGCAUCUACAAGAACUUCAGAACAAACAUUAACACAAUCUGUUUUAGAUGAAUCAUCUAAAUUUGAAGUUUCUACUGUGACAUCUGAAACUACUACUCUGUCAUCCAUCACACCAAGUAGAACUCAAGAGCAAUCAACUAGCCCAGAUAGCUCAUCAACAACAAACCUUUCUACUUCAUCACUUACAACCUCACAUCACUACCCAACCUCUCAAGUAUCUGAAACAAGUCUAAAUACAUCACCUGCUGCUUCAACAGAAAUGUUUAUUUCCAGCACAAUAGAGAAUGCACAAAGCACCCAAGAACUAUCUUCAUCUAAAGAAUCUACAAUGAUAUCUUCUUCGUUGACUGAAACUUCCAGCAUUACAAAUACUCCAGCAGAAACUGCAUCUUCAAAAUCAUCAGAACAUACACCAACACCAGCUUUAUCUAGUGAAUCAUCUACAUCUCUAAUGUCUGCAGUCACACCUGGACAUUCAACUACAACUGCUAUCAAGUCAAGUAACUCUUAUGAGCAAUCAACUGGCCUAGAGAGUACAUCACCAAAACCAAGUACUUCCUCUACACCAUCUGCAACUUCACCUGUGUCAUCACCUCCAACAAUGGAUACUAGAUCUAGCGUAUCUUCAAGUGACACUAAUGACAAUUCCAUUCUAAGUACAAUCACUACUGCACCUAGUACCCACAAACCAUCUUCAUCAACAGAAUCCCCGUUGUUAUCUUCCUCAAACAUCGGUACCUCAAGUAAUAUAAAUACUGAAACACAGACUGUAUUUACAACAAAUUUAGAGCAAACAUCAACACAAAAGGAUUUAAGCGAAUCAUCUACAUUCCAGCCAUCUGCCACAAGCCCUGGCAGUACACCUGUAACUUCCAUCGCAGGUAGUACCCAUGAACAAUCCACUCUGACAGAAAGCUCAUCUGCAAAAUCAAUUCCCAGUUCAUCACCAUCUACUACUUCAUCAGUGCCAAUUAUUCCUUCAGCGGAAACUACUCUUAAUAACUCACCAAGUCCAUCUAAAGAGACUUUAAUUUUCAGUACAGUGGCAAACACAUUCAAUACCCAAGACACUUCUUCAACAGUCUCUACUAUGUUAUCCUCUUCACCCCUAAGUACUACAGGUAAAAUGACUACUGGAACAGAAGCUGCAUCUACAAGAACUUCAGAACAAACAUUAACACAAUCUGUUUUAGAUGAAUCAUCUAAAUUUGAAGAUUCUACUGUGACAUCUGAAACUACUACUCUGUCAUCCAUCACACCAAGUAGAACUCAAGAGCAAUCAACUAGCCCAGAUAGCUCAUCAACAACAAACCUUUCUACUUCAUCACUUACAACCUCACAUCACUAUCCAACCUCUCAAGUAUCUGAAUCAAGUCUAAAUACAUCACCUGCUGCUUUAACAAAAAUGUUUAUUUCCAGCACAAUAGAGAAUGCACAAAGCACCCAAGAACUAUCUUCAUCUAAAGAAUCUACAAUGAUAUCUUCUUCAUUGACUGAAACUUCCAGCAUUACAAAUACUCCAGCAGAAACUGCAUCUUCAAAAUCAUCAGAACAUACACCAACACCAGCUUUAUCUAGUGAAUCAUCUACAUCUCUAAUGUCUGCAGUCACACCUGGACAUUCAACUACAACUGCUAUCAAGUCAAGUAGCUCUUAUGAGCAAUCAACUGGUCUAGAGAGUACAUCACCAAAACCAAGUACUUCCUCUACACCAUCUGCAACUUCACCUGUGUCAUCACCUCCAACAAUGGAUACUAGAUCUAGCGUAUCUUCAAGUGACACUAAUGACAAUUCCAUUCUAAGUACAAUCACUACUGCACCUAGUACCCACAAACCAUCUUCAUCAACAGAAUCCCCGUUGUUAUCUUCCUCAAACAUCGGUACCUCAAGUAAUAUAAAUACUGAAACACAGACUGUAUUUACAACAAAUUUAGAGCAAACAUCAACACAAAAGGAUUCAAGCGAAUCAUCUACAUCCCAGCCAUCUGCCACAAGCCCUGGCAGUACACCUGUAACUUCCAUCGCAGGUAGUACCCAUGAACAAUCCACUCUGACAGAAAGCUCAUCUGCAAAAUCAAUUCCCAGUUCAUCACCAUCUACUGCUUCAUCUGUGCCAAUUAUUCCUUCAGCGGAAACUACUCUUAAUAACUCACCAAGUCUAUCUAAAGAGACUUUAAUUUUCAGUACAGUGGCAAACACAUUCAAUACCCAAGACACUUCUUCAACAGUCUCUACUAUGUUAUCCUCUUCACCCCUAAGUACUACAGGUAAAAUGACUACUGGAACAGAAGCUGCAUCUACAAGAACUUCAGAACAAACAUUAACACAAUCUGUUUUAGAUGAAUCAUCUAAAUUUGAAGAUUCUACUGUGACAUCUGAAACUACUACUCUGUCAUCCAUCACACCAAGUAGAACUCAAGAGCAAUCAACUAGCCCAGAUAGCUCAUCAACAACAAACCUUUCUACUUCAUCACUUACAACCUCACAUCACUACCCAACCUCUCAAGUAUCUGAAACAAGUCUAAAUACAUCACCUGCUGCUUCAACAGAAAUGUUUAUUUCCAGCACAAUAGAGAAUGCACAAAGCACCCAAGAACUAUCUCCAUCUAAAGAAUCUACAAUGAUAUCUUCUUCAUUGACUGAAACUUCCAGCAUUACAAAUACUCCAGCAGAAACUGCAUCUUCAAAAUCAUCAGAACAUACACCAACACCAGCUUUAUCUAGUGAAUCAUCUACAUCUCUGUCUGCAGUCACACCUGGACAUUCAACUACAACUGCUAUCAAGUCAAGUAGCUCUUAUGAGCAAUCAACUGGUCUAGAGAGUACAUCACCAAAACCAAGUACUUCCUCUACACCAUCUGCAACUUCACCUGUGUCAUCACCUCCAACAAUGGAUACUAGAUCUAGCGUAUCUUCAAGUGACACUAAUGACAAUUCCAUUCUAAGUACAAUCACUACUGCACCUAGUACCCACAAACCAUCUUCAUCAACAGAAUCCCCGUUGUUAUCUUCCUCAAACAUCGGUACCUCAAGUAAUAUAAAUACUGAAACACAGACUGUAUUUACAACAAAUUUAGAGCAAACAUCAACACAAAAGGAUUCAAGCGAAUCAUCUACAUCCCAGCCAUCUGCCACAAGCCCUGGCAGUACACCUGUAACUUCCAUCGCAGGUAGUACCCAUGAACAAUCCACUCUGACAGAAAGCUCAUCUGCAAAAUCAAUUCCCAGUUCAUCACCAUCUACUACUUCAUCUGUGCCAAUUAUUCCUUCAGCGGAAACUACUCUUAAUAACUCACCAAGUCCAUCUAAAGAGACUUUAAUUUUCAGUACAGUGGCAAACACAUUCAAUACCCAAGACACUUCUUCAACAGUCUCUACUAUGUUAUCCUCUUCACCCCUAAGUACUACAGGUAAAAUGACUACUGGAACAGAAGCUGCAUCUACAAGAACUUCAGAACAAACAUUAACACAAUCUGUUUUAGAUGAAUCAUCUAAAUUUGAAGUUUCUACUGUGACAUCUGAAACUACUACUCUGUCAUCCAUCACACCAAGUAGAACUCAAGAGCAAUCAACUAGCCCAGAUAGCUCAUCAACAACAAACCUUUCUACUUCAUCACUUACAACCUCACAUCACUACCCAACCUCUCAAGUAUCUGAAACAAGUCUAAAUACAUCACCUGCUGCUUCAACAGAAAUGUUUAUUUCCAGCACAAUAGAGAAUGCACAAAGCACCCAAGAACUAUCUUUAUCUAAAGAAUCUACAAUGAUAUCUUCUUCGUUGACUGAAACUUCCAGCAUUACAAAUACUCCAGCAGAAACUGCAUCUUCAAAAUCAUCAGAACAUACACCAACACCAGCUUUAUCUAGUGAAUCAUCUACAUCUCUAAUGUCUGCAGUCACACCUGGACAUUCAACUACAACUGCUAUCAAGUCAAGUAGCUCUUAUGAGCAAUCAACUGGUCUAGAGAGUACAUCACCAAAACCAAGUACUUCCUCUACACCAUCUGCAACUUCACCUGUGUCAUCACCUCCAACAAUGGAUACUAGAUCUAGCGUAUCUUCUAGUGACACUAAUGACAAUUCCAUUCUAAGUACAAUCACUACUGCACCUAGUACCCACAAACCAUCUUCAUCAACAGAAUCCCCGUUGUUAUCUUCCUCAAACAUCGGUACCUCAAGUAAUAUAAAUACUGAAACACAGACUGUAUUUACAACAAAUUUAGAGCAAACAUCAACACAAAAGGAUUCAAGCGAAUCAUCUACAUCCCAGCCAUCUGCCACAAGCCCUGGCAGUACACCUGUAACUUCCAUCGCAGGUAGUACCCAUGAACAAUCCACUCUGACAGAAAGCUCAUCUGCAAAAUCAAUUCCCAGUUCAUCACCAUCUACUGCUUCAUCUGUGCCAAUUAUUCCUUCAGCGGAAACUACUCUUAAUAACUUACCAAGUCCAUCUAAAGAGACUUUAAUUUUCAGUACAGUGGCAAACACAUUCAAUACCCAAGACACUUCUUCAACAGUCUCUACUAUGUUAUCCUCUUCACCCCUAAGUAGUACAGGUAAAAUGACUACUGGAACAGAAGCUGCAUCUACAAGAACUUCAGAACAAACAUUAACACAAUCUGUUUUAGAUGAAUCAUCUAAAUUUGAAGUUUCUACUGUGACAUCUGAAACUACUACUCUGUCAUCCAUCACACCAAGUAGAACUCAAGAGCAAUCAACUAGCCCAGAUAGCUCAUCAACAACAAACCUUUCUACUUCAUCACUUACAAACUCACAUCACUACCCAACCUCUCAAGUAUCUGAAACAAGUCUAAAUACAUCACCUGCUGCUUCAACAGAAAUGUUUAUUUCCAGCACAAUAGAGAAUGCACAAAGCACCCAAGAACUAUCUUCAUCUAAAGAAUCUACAAUGAUAUCUUCUUCAUUGACUGAAACUUCCAGCAUUACAAAUACUCCAGCAGAAACUGCAUCUUCAAAAUCAUCAGAACAUACACCAACACCAGCUUUAUCUAGUGAAUCAUCUACAUCUCUAAUGUCUGCAGUCACACCUGGACAUUCAACUACAACUGCUAUCAAGUCAAGUAGCUCUUAUGAGCAAUCAACUGGUCUAGAGAGUACAUCACCAAAACAAAGUACUUCCUCUACACCAUCUGCAACUUCACCUGUGUCAUCACCUCCAACAAUGGAUACUAGAUCUAGCGUAUCUUCAAGUGACACUAAUGACAAUUCCAUUCUAAGUACAAUCACUACUGCACCUAGUACCCACAAACCAUCUUCAUCAACAGAAUCCCCGUUGUUAUCUUCCUCAAACAUCGGUACCUCAAGUAAUAUAAAUACUGAAACACAGACUGUAUUUACAACAAAUUUAGAGCAAACAUCAACACAAAAGGAUUCAAGCGAAUCAUCUACAUCCCAGCCAUCUGCCACAAGCCCUGGCAGUACACCUGUAACUUCCAUCGCAGGUAGUACCCAUGAACAAUCCACUCUGACAGAAAGCUCAUCUGCAAAAUCAAUUCCCAGUUCAUCACCAUCUACUGCUUCAUCUGUGCCAAUUAUUCCUUCAGCGGAAACUACUCUUAAUAACUUACCAAGUCCAUCUAAAGAGACUUUAAUUUUCAGUACAGUGGCAAACACAUUCAAUACCCAAGACACUUCUUCAACAGUCUCUACUAUGUUAUCCUCUUCACCCCUAAGUACUACAGGUAAAAUGACUACUGGAACAGAAGCUGCAUCUACAAGAACUUCAGAACAAACAUUAACACAAUCUGUUUUAGAUGAAUCAUCUAAAUUUGAAGUUUCUACUGUGACAUCUGAAACUACUACUCUGUCAUCCAUCACACCAAGUAGAACUCAAGAGCAAUCAACUAGCCCAGAUAGCUCAUCAACAACAAACCUUUCUACUUCAUCACUUACAACCUCACAUCACUACCCAACCUCUCAAGUAUCUGAAACAAGUCUAAAUACAUCACCUGCUGCUUCAACAGAAAUGUUUAUUUCCAGCACAAUAGAGAAUGCACAAAGCACCCAAGAACUAUCUUCAUCUAAAGAAUCUACAAUGAUAUCUUCUUCAUUGACUGAAACUUCCAGCAUUACAAAUACUCCAGCAGAAACUGCAUCUUCAAAAUCAUCAGAACAUACACCAACACCAGCUUUAUCUAGUGAAUCAUCUACAUCUCUAAUGUCUGCAGUCACACCUGGACAUUCAACUACAACUGCUAUCAAGUCAAGUAGCUCUUAUGAGCAAUCAACUGGUCUAGAGAGUACAUCACCAAAACCAAGUACUUCCUCUACACCAUCUGCAACUUCACCUGUGUCAUCACCUCCAACAAUGGAUACUAGAUCUAGCGUAUCUUCAAGUGACACUAAUGACAAUUCCAUUCUAAGUACAAUCACUACUGCACCUAGUACCCACAAACCAUCUUCAUCAACAGAAUCCCCAUUGUUAUCUUCCUCAAACAUCGGUACCUCAAGUAAUAUAAAUACUGAAACACAGUCUGUAUUUACAACAAAUUUAGAUCAAACAUCAACACAAAAGGAUUCAAGCGAAUCAUCUACAUCUCAGCCAUUUGCCACAAGCCCUGGCAGUACAUCUGUAACUUCCAUCGCAGGUAGUACCCAUGAACAAUCUACUCUGACAGAAAGCUCAUCUGCAAAAUCAAUUCCCAGUUCAUCAGGAUCUACUGCUUCAUCUGUGCCAAUUAUUCCUUCAGUGGAAACUACUCUUAAUAACUCACCAAGUCCAUCUAAAGAGACUUUAAUUUUCAGUACAGUGGCAAACACAUUCAAUACCCAAGACACUUCUUCAACAGUCUCUACUAUGUUAUCCUCUUCACCCCUUAAUACUACAGGUAAAAUGAGUACUGGAACAGAAGCUGCAUCUACAAGAACUUCAAAACAAAUAUUAACACAAUCUGUUUCAGAUAAAUCAUCUAAAUUUGAAGUUUCUACUGUGACAUCUGAAACUACUACUCUGUCAUCCAUCACACCAAGUAGAACUCAAGAGCAAUCAACUAGCCCAGAUAGCUCAUCAACAACAAACAUUUCUACUUCAUCACUUACAACCUCUCAUCACUACCCAACCUCUCAAGUAUCUGAAACAAGUCUAAAUACAUCACCUGCUGCUUCAACAGAAAUGUUUAUUUCCAGCACAAUAGAGAAUGAUCAAAGCACCCAAGAACUAUCUUCAUCUAAAGAAUCUACAACAGUAUCUUCUUCAUUGACUGAAACUUUCAGCAUUACAAAUACUCCAGCAAAAACUGCAUCUUCAAAAUCAUCAGAACAUACACCAACACCAGCUUUAUCUAGUGCAUCAUCUACAUCUCUAAUGUCUGCAGUCACUUCUGGACAUUCAACUACAACUGCUGUCAAGUCAAGUAGCUCUUAUGAGCAAUCAUCUGGUCUAAAGAGUACAUCAUCAACACCAAGUACUUCCUCUACACCAUCUGCAACUUCACCUGUGUCAUCACCUCCAAAAAUGGAUACUAGAUCUAGCGUAUCUUCAAGUGACACUAAUGACAAUUCCAUUCUAAGUACAAUCACUACUGCACCAAGUACCCACAAACCAUCUUCAUCAACAGAAUCCCCGUUGUUAUCUUCCUCAAACAUCGGUACCUCAAGUAAUAUAAAUACUGAAACACAGACUGUAUUUGCAACAAAUUUAGAGCAAACAUCAAUACAAAAGGAUUCAAGCGAAUCAUCCACAGCUCAGCCAUCUGCCAUAAGCCCUGUCAGUACACCUGUAACUUCCAUCGCAGGUAGUACCCAUGAACAAUCCACUCUGACAGAAAGCUCAUCUGCAAAAUCAAUUCCCAGUUUAUCACCAUCUACUGCUUCAUCUGUGCCAAUUAUUCCUUCAGCGGAAACUACACUUAAUAACUCACCAAGUCCAUCUAAAGAGACUUUAAUUUUCAGUACAGUGGCAAACACAUUCAAUACCCAAGACACUUCUUCAACAGUCUCUACUAUGUUAUCCUCUUCACCCCUUAAUACUACAGGUAAAAUGACUACUGGAACAGAAGCUGCAUCUACAAGAACUUCAAAACAAAUAUUAACACAAUCUGUUUCAGAUGAAUCAUCUAAAUUUGAAGUUUCUACUGUGACAUCUGAAACUACUACUCUGUCAUCCAUCACACCAAGUAGAACUCAAGAGCAAUCAACUAGCCCAGAUAGCUCAUCAACAACAAACAUUUCUACUUCAUCACUUACAACCUCUCAUCACUACCCAACCUCUCAAGUAUCUGAAACAAGUCUAAAUACAUCACCUGCUGCUUCAACAGAAAUGUUUAUUUCCAGCACAAUAGAGAAUGCACAAAGCACCCAAGAACUAUCUUCAUCUAAAGAAUCUACAACAGUAUCUUCUUCAUUGACUGAAACUUUCAGCAUUACAAAUACUCCAGCAGAAACUGCAUCUUCAAAAUCAACAGAACGUACACCAACACCAGCUUUAUCUAGUGCAUCAUCUACAUCACUAAUGUCUGCAGUCACACCUGGACAUUCAACUACAACUGCUAUCAAGUCAAGUAGCUCUUAUGAGAAAUCAACUGGUCUAGAGAGUACAUCAUCAACACCAAGUACUUCCUCUACACCAUCUGCAACUUCACCUGUGUCAUCACCUCCAACAAUGGAUACUAGAUCUAGCGUAUCUUCAAGUGACACUAAUGACAAUCCCAUUCUAAGUACAAUCACUACUGCACCUAGUACCCACAAACCAUCUUCAUCAACAGAAUCCCCAUUGUUAUCUUCCUCAAACAUCGGUACCUCAAGUAAUAUAAAUACUGAAACACAGACUGUAUUUACAACAAAUUUAGAGCAAACAUCAAUACAAAAGGAUUCAAGUGAAUCAUCCACAUCUCAGCCAUCUGCCAUAAGCCCUGUCAGUACACCUGUAACUUCCAUCGCAGAACUGUCUAUUGUCAGCACAAUAGAGAAUGCACAGAGCACGCAGACACCAUCUUCUUCUACAGAAUCUUCCAUGAUAUCUUCAUCACUGACUGAAACUUUAAUCAUUACAAAUACUCCAACAGAAGCUGCAUAUUUAAAAACAUCAGCACAUACAUCAACACCAGUUAUAUCAAGUGAAUCUACACCUCUGAUGUCUGCAGUUACAUUUGGACAACCAUUUACAGCUUUUAGUAUAUCAAGUAACUUUUAUGACCAAUCAACUGGUCUAGAGAGUACAUCAUCAACACCCUUUACGCCAUCUACACCAUCUACAAUUUCACCUGUGUCAUCUUCUCCAAUGGAAACUAGUCCAAGUAUAUCCCCAAUUGGUUCUACAGAAAGUUCACAUAUAAGUACGAUCACUACUGCUCCUAGUACCCACUCACCAUCUUUACUUACAGAAUCAACAUUUGUAUCUUCUACAACUAUUGGAACCUCAAGUAAUAUAAAUAUUAAAGCACAGACUGUAUUUACAACAACUUCAGAGAAAACAUCGACACAUUUUGUUUCAAGUGAAUCAUCCACACCUCAGCCAUCUGCCAGUAGCUCUGACAGUACAACUGUAACUUCAAUUGCAGGUAGUACCCAUGCACAAUUCACUCUGACAGAGCGCUCAUCAGCAAAAUCAAUUCCCACUUAUUCACCAUCUGCCUCAUCAACCUUAUCGGUGCCAAUUCUUUCUUCAUCAGAAACUAUUCUCAGUAUCUCAACAAAAGCAUCUACAGAAAUCUCAUCCUCUGACAAUACAGCAAAGAUGUCGAAUACCCAAGAAACAUCUUCAUCAACAGCAUUUUCACUGUUAUCUGCCUUAGCUUUCAGUACUUCUAGUAAUAGAGGAUCUCAAACAGAAUUGCCAUCUACAGGAAUUUCAGGAUCAAAACAGGUUGUUUCAAGUAAACCAUUUACACCUUUUGGAUCAACUGUUAGUAGUAUAGAGAGUGCAUCAUCAACACCUAUUUUUACUUCAUCGUCAUCUGCAGCAGUAUCAAGUGCAAUUACAGAAAAUUAUUUUAUCAGUACAAUCGCAACUGUAGAUCAUACUGAGAGCUCAUCAUCAAAAGUCAUCUUAAAUUCUUCACCAUCUACAACUCCAUCUGUGCUGACUUCAUCUACAGGAUCUUCUGCUUCCAGUACAAAAUUUCCUGCACAGAGUACAGACACACUCCCCUUAGCAAAUGAAUCUACUUUUUCAGCUUCACAGACACUCAUUGCUUCAAGCACCUCAACUAUACAAAUAAAUUUGGGAUCUACAACAACUGGAGAACAAGCAUCGAUCAAAAAUGAGACCUCUCCAGUAGAUUUUUUUUCAACAGAAUCUAGCAGUACUGUUGAUAAAACUUCAAGCACAAUGCAUAUAAUGUCACAACCGAUGACAUCAUAUUCACCUUCAAAGAUGUCAUCAGCAUCGUAUACAUCAACACUUGAAAGUACUUUGAGUAAUUCACCAAGUUUAUCUACUGAAGCCUCUAUACUUAGUACAAUAGCUUCUUUGCAGAGCUUAUCAGGAAGACCACGUUCUACUGGAUUGAGAAGUUCAACUUUUAAAAGUUCUGCAACUAUGUGUGCUCCACAUACAAGUGGAGAAAACUGUGAAAAUGGGGACAAUAUUGUAAGCAUCACAAUAGGAAACGCUCCAAAAAGGAAAGUAACUGUGAUUGUUUCAUUAAAUGCAAAUUUCACUCAAGAGCUACAAAACAGAUCUUCUGGAGAGUACAGCAACCUUGAAGCUAAAAUCAUCCAGGUAAGAACGUAUUAG